AUGGGGCUACAUGGCGAGAGAGUGUACGCAGAACCGGAGCCAUCAAGCAUGGAGCCAAGUAAGACCGAACCCAGCACCACGAGCAGCCGCGCACCACUACCAGGCAGAGCCAGCACCCCAGGAGCUAAUGUUUAAUCACACCAAAGAGCCCCUGGGAAUACUGCAUGACCCUUACCCAAACCCAGUCCCUCCGGCAAGAAGUACAUCUUGACCGUGGUUGAUUACGCCACCAGGUACCCCGAGGCAGUAGCCCUCCCUAAUAUUCACGCAGAGAUGGUGGCAGAAGCCUUAAUAAAAGUAUUUUCCUGGGUGGGGUUCCCACAGGAGAUAAUCUCAGAUAGGGGUACGCAAUUCACAGCCGAAGUAACCCACCAACUCUGGAAAAUAUGUGGCAUUCAGCCUAUUGUGAAUUCUGCUUACCACCCUCAGUCCAAUGGGUUAUGUGAAAGGUUCAAUGGAACUUUAAAGCAGAUGCACUGUACAUUUGGAGAGGCCCAUAAGGACUGGGAGCAAUUUUUACCCCAUCUGCUGUUCGCCUACAGAGAGGUACCUCAAGAGUCCACUGGGUUUUCCCCCUUCAAAUUAUUGUUUGGGAGAAGGGUGAGAGGACACCUAGAUUUAAUUAGAGAGCAUUGGGAUGGGAUACCCAUUGUACCAUAUGUGUUGGAGUUCAGGGACCGCUUGGAGGCACUAACCCAGACCAUACAGGUAAACCUCCAGGCGGCUCAACAACGCCAGCGCCGAUGGUAUGAUAGGGGAGCCAGGGACCGCAGCUUUCAAGUGGGACAGAAAGUUUUGAUUUUAAAACCUGUCCGCAAUGACAAGCUGCAGGCCAUCUGGCAGGGCCCAUACCAGGUGGUGGAACAGAGAUGUGACACCACUUAUGUGAUUGGACCCUGCUCAGGGGUAGGGAAGAGAUGCAUGCUCCAUGUGAAUAUGCUCAAACCCUACCAUGAGAGAAUAGAGGACGUGGCAGCUAUAUGCGCAUCAGCCUCUGAGGAUCAGGAGAAUCUUCCGUUACCCGAUUUAUUAUAGCGAGAAGAUCAGGCAGAGAACUCCACGGGUGUUCAGCUGGGGGAGCGGCUAAGUCCUCAUGAGCGUGCCCAGGUACAGGAGUUAAUUGCGGCUAAGGGAGCCACUUUCUCAAAUUUACCAGGGUACACCCCGCUAGCCACUCACCGGGUAGAGACCCCAGGACAGCUACCGAUGCGUCAGACCCCAUAUCGUAUCCCUGAAGCAGUCAGGGAACAUAUACGGAAGGAAAUUGAAGAGAUGUUGCAGCUAGGGGUUAUCGAACACUCCGAUUGACCCUGGGCAUCGCCGGUAGUGCUAGUACCCAAGAAGGAUGGCAAGACACGCUUCUGUGUUGACUACCGGAGGCUAAAUGACAAAACAGUGUCUGAUGCCUACCCGAUGCCCCGGAUAGACGAGCUGCUAGAUAAGAUGGCACAAGGCCAGUACCUCACUAUGAUUGACUUGUGCAAAGGGUACUGGCAGAUUCCCUUAGCCGAAGAUGCCAUUCCCAAGUUGGUGUUUGUCACCCUGUUUGGCCUGUACCAGUUUCGAGUCAUGCCGUUCAGUUCCCCAUGUAGUCCCCUUGUGUAUAACCCCUGUAAAAGGACUAAGGAAACCCCUUGCAUGGGGAACCACAUAAAUACUGGAGCAUGUGAAUAAAAUCGGCAGUUGACUCCCAGAACUGUGUUUCGUCCGGUUACUGGGGGGAUUUGGGAUAUUGCCUUCAUUCCAGCGCUUUUCUCGGAUUACUUUCUUUUACCAGCGGAGAUAUUGGGAUUUAAUAUUGCAGCUCCGCUACAAAUACCUUUUUACGAUGCCCUACGGUCCAGCUCUGGUGAUGGUUAUCUGGUAGUUUUAUGGCUUAGGCCUGGUGUAAGAUCAAAGCCUACAAUAAAGGUUAUCUCAACAUGUACAAAAACAACUCCUAAAAUAUAUCAAAUGCCAACUCAUGCUUUGGCAUGACAAGUUAUAUUUUAUAUCCAAGUCUAUAUCAAUGUCUAAUAUAGUAUACCCGUUUUGUCCUACAUAUCUUAUCGCCAUUUACUUGUAGAUAUAUUUUCAAUUUUAUUUGUAGAUAUUGUUACUUUUUACAAAAUAAUUUUUAAAAAUCAAUAAAAAGUGUAAGCAAUAUAAAAUGUAUUUUACUGUUAAAAAUACAAAAAAAAAACUACACUUGUUUACUUGAGAUUAUAUAUACAUGUGUUUUUGUGUCUAGGGGUGUAUUUUCUGAAUAUGCUACUGUGUUUUUUAUGUUUAAGUUCUAGAACCGCUCUAAUCCUGUUUUUGAAUAACGUUUGAGACAUUUUAAUUAAGGAAACCUAAGUAAUUUGAAGAACCAUAUUUGAAUUGCACCAUAACGCUACUGUGUAUCACAAUACAGAGAGUGGAUCACACUCUAAGACCUAAGUUUGAGAAUUACGUGUCAUGAGUCAAAAUAUUGUCUGGUCACUCCUAAAAUAAAAGCAUAUAUAUUUAUUAGAUUUUAUUUUGAUUGUCGGUGAUUUAGGUAGGGAUUUAAGGUCCGCUUGUUGUUACCUCUGCAUAUUUACUGAAGAAAUAUUUUGAGCGAACUCACAAUGAUAUUAUCCUAUUUAGAAUGAAUAAUUGUAUUCAGUCCCUGUCCUGAUAUUAGCAGCCGAGUUCAAUUUUCCCGCAAUACCAUGUGAUUCUGUUUUGUCAGUUUUUCACGGUUUGAGUAAUUCAAUUAGCGUUGUAUUUAGAGCUUGUAUUGUGUUAUCUGAGCAGCCGUUAUCUUCCUUGCCCUAAGAUCCAAUUACUAUCUGCGUCACUAAGAAAAUUAAGUUGAAUUCAGUGGAAACAAAAAAACAGAAGGUCAAUAAAUAUAAUCUUAAAAUUCUUAGAGUGUUAAAGCUUCGGAAUUCUAUAACUUAUCAAUUUUGAAGUCGCCCAUUAUAAUCUUUUAAAUUUCCUGACCAAAUGAGGCUGUAUCAUCCCUAUGAGACAGUGGGGUCUAUCUUGUGUUUGAAAUCAUUUUUCAAAGUUAAAUUGCUGCAAAUUACAUUUCUAUUUUAGGUUUCCUUUACAAAUAUAAUCAUGAAAUGCUAAUAUUUGGCUCAUGUGAGCAUGAAUCCAAAAGCUAGCAAGUGAGGCAUGUCAUAAGUCAUGUAGUAUGCUAAAAUAAAAAAAAAUCAUUAAUAUCUCUCUGUCUCUCUCCCUCCCCAGCCCCCCUUCUAGAACCCUAGUCCAACUUCAUCCCCCACCCCACCCAGUAUUCCUCUCCUGUCUUCCUUUUAAUUAGUAUCACCCUCAGCUUCCUCUGUAUCACCCUCAGCAGCUGAGGGCUGCAGACUCACGUGGAGGGGAGGGGGAAAGGUCUCAGUACAUCCCCAAGGCGGUGGCUAGAGCCUGUGCCCUCCCAAAGCUCCCUCCUCCCGGCUGUCAACCAGGAAGAGGGAGACUGCGAGGACCGGUUUAUUGACAACAACAAGAUCAGCAGCAGCCCUGGCAGCCCUUGGAUUUAUGUAUCUCAUUAAAAAGUAAGUGAGAGCAGGGGUGCCAGUCCUUCUGGGUAUGUUAGCUUGUGCCCAUUACAGGGUCAGGGGUCUCAGCUGGGCUGAUUAGGAUUCAAUAAAAUAACUGAUUAGAAAGACACAUUGCAGUGCCCAUAGGGAGUUCAGCUAACUACACUGAUUUAAUCCCUCACUAGAUCUGGCUCUUUAGCUGCAGGGACUCAGACUCUUAUCAGGCUCAGCCAGACACAUUUUCAUAGAUACUGCUUUUUUUAUUAAUGGUUUGAAAGUUAAAAAAGCACUGAUUCAGCUUGCUAUGGUUAUUAAAGAGUAUAUUAUCAGCCUGCCAGUACUGGGAGUUUCUGAAGAAGUGACAGAAUGUUGGUGUCUCUUAUUGUGCCAUAUGUUGCCAUUUCACAAAAAAAAAAAAUGUAAACAUUCUUGUAUCUGGGUGCCUGCAGGGGAUUUCAGGGUUACCGCACCUCUUUGAUUGUUGAAUUGAAUUGUGAAAAAAACCCUCACAGACAGUGUUAUUAAUAAUAAUAGUGAUAUUGUAUUUUAUUACAACCUCCACCAUAUGUGCAUGGUUAUAGAGUGAGUUUUAUAUUCCACAAAUUGAUUUGCAGGAUUGCCACAGUUCUAAGUUUAGAGCUAUAUUCGUACAGAUGAACACAUACAUACUAACAUUAAGUGAAAGAAGACAAAAGAACAUUGUUAUUAAAUAAUUAUCAAUUUAAAAAAAAUAAAAAUUUAUUUUGCUUUAUUUCCUAUGUAUUGCAUAGCAUUUGCAGGACAUGGUCUGUGUGUAGCUUGUAACUUGCACAUUAUCUUGCCAGUGUCCUGAAUAGGGUGCCACUUUAUUACACAUUUUAGGGAAUGUAUCGGGAACACACAUCGCACCGUUGAUGUCAGGAAUAGAGGUGGACACAGUAGGGGCUUUAGCAGUAUUUCUUAUUAUGCUCUGAAAGUCCUGCCACAGAAUGUAUACUUGAAGCAACAUUUAUCUUUUCCCAAUUGCUUCCUUUUCCUCUUUCCUACUCUGUCUUUCUUGUUUUUAAUUGUUCAUCUAUUUCUAGGGACUACUUUGUCUCAUAUAUUUUCUUAUGCCUGAGUUUCGUUGACACUGGGCAGAGCUACCGACGUUAAAAAGUAACUCUCCCUGCUGUCAACAGUGAUUGCUGCAAAAAAUGUGUUCCGUCUCAUGGGAUCCUCCAUAGACCUCAAUGCUGUACUCUUACCCAUGCGUGAGAGUUCAGCAGUGACUUUGGCUCCAGGUACUGAAAAGGACCUGCUGGAUGAAGAUGGCUGCGCUCACGAGGGACAGGUUCAGAUAAGCCCUCUCUCCCCAGCCCACUGGAACUCCAGCGGCGAUAUUACCGUAUGGGGGUCUUUUCAGAUUUUGCAAAAUCCACAGAUGGUGACAGUAUUGCUUUAAAGGAACACUCCCAGCAACAUAACCUCUCGAUUGCGCUGUUGUGGUCAUGGUGCCCAGGUGCACAAUAACGUAAUUACUCAAACCAUUUGAUAACUUACCUGUAGUUCACCAAGCACCAGCUACCUUUUCCAUUGGUGAGAGCGAUCAGCUAGUGCUCUUAUUUAGCAACGUGGCCCUGCGUGGCGGGAUUUUUCUCCGGAGAGCAAACGGUAUGACUACUUACAUUGGGUGGACACCAGGUCACUCCUGGCACCAUAACGAGCAUACUCUGUAUUGAGUAUGAUGUUUGUAGUGUUCCUUUAAGAAAAAGUACCACUACUAAUUUGUAUUUCCUAUCCUUUUGUGUAAAUUAUUUAGAAUGUAAGCUCUUUGGAGCAGAGCCCUCACCAUAUUCUGUUCCUAUACAUGCAACUUGUCCUGUGGCAACUACUUGUUUUUUGCCCGCCUAUUGUUCAGUGCUGCGGAAUAUGUAAUAUUAAUUUUAUACAUAAACCAAUAGAUAAAGCAAGGUGAAAUCAGAAUUUUGACAAAUUUCUCGUUGCCCAGCCAUUUCCUUAUCAAGUAUUGCAAGUAAACACUGGCGGAAAUGCUAUUUUCUCAAGCAUUGUGUAAAAAUUGCCGUGGCAUUUACAUGCACAAGAAAGUCUGUAAAAGGUUAUCGAGUCUAGCAAAAUCUUCUGCAGAAACCAGUUUUGAACUCUUGUGCAUAUACUCCAGAGAUGAUGCAGUUUUUUUAUUUUGGCAGGAGGCAGAAAGAAUAUGGUAACCUUCUGAAUUAAUAACUAGAAGAGAAACUACCACCAAUCCUUUGCUAUGUCAGUGGAAUGUCAUCCAAUGGACUUGUCACCUAAAUGCAUCUGUGCAACCACCCCCCAUAAAAAAAAGAAUAAAUAGAGUUGUCGUUAAGAGGAGAGGUGCAUAAACAUUAGGUAACUGAAUAAACAUUAGGGUUAGCCUAGAGAUGGCAUAUAUCAAUAGUCACGUGGAUGGGGGAAAAUAAUAAAUGGGUUUUAAAGGAAGAUCAAAUGAGAGGAAAUAUGGAAUGUGUGAAGAAGUUCAGGAGUCACUCAACUCUAGCACCUUCACCACUAAUGGAAUUGGGAGUGUGGAACAAGAGUACUGAAUUGGGGCAGUUUAUGUUUGUUUUGACUAUCAAAGGACUUGAGACAAAAUAGGGAACUGCUUAUAAUUUUAAUUCAGCAAUUCAAAAUCAAAACUGUAGAUAUUUUGUUCCCCUCCCACGGUGUGUGUAUAUUGAUGUAAUUGGAUAGUGAGUACAUUGUUAAACACAGAUCUGUACACAUCAAACAAGCCAUUAGACUUGAUUUUCCCACAGAAAUCUCACAUUUGCAGUGCUGUUACUACUGCAAGGGAUUCUGGGUUGGCAUAUUCAAAUGAGUUCUACAAAGAAUCACUUUCUUGCCUCCUUAUUCCAUUUUAUACCUGCAUUCAUUGUAGUAUAUGUCUGAUUUUAAACACACUCCGUAAGAGGUGCAGAGCCAGAUAAACACUCACGGACAGCUGUUUCGUUGUCAGUGCACAUCAUAUGUACACACACACGCAUUCUCUCUCUCUCUCUCUCGCUCCGAUUUCCUGUUUCCAGAUUUUCCAGUUUUUCAGGGUGUUGAAUUUGCUAAUUAAAAAAUAAUUAAGAAUAAAAAAAAAAAAAAGUAAUUCAAUAUGGCAGUAUCCCAAAGUUAUUAACAGGGACAUUCUUCAGUAUGUUUAACAAUCGUAUUUUAAGGCAUUUGUACCAUGUAUAUUUAUUUAGCUUUGCAAUUUGCAUUGAACUCCUUCGGCACCUACAUUUGGUUUCCCUUGCACUGGUUUGGUUUCCCUUGCACUGGUACUGUCGCAAGAGUUCGCUGUUCUAUAGUUCCUGUGCCAUAUGCCUUGUAAAGUCUUUGUCCAUCCUGCAUCAAGUUCUCAAGCAGCACAUCUCUGCAAUGGAAUCCUGGGUUUUCAUAUAAUCCACAGACCAAGAUGAAAAAGCCAUAGGGUAUGUCAAAGCUCACUUCCGAGCAGCUUAGGACUGACACGUCAGCUCUAGCCUGGAUAAUCAGGACCAACCUCCAUUAACUAACUCACAUUAAGACCCAGGAGACCAUCACAGCUAUCAUUGUAGAUGUAAAGCUAUGGAAGAUGUCCUCAAAGAGAUACUCCCAGCUACUUAACCCAUACAGUAUCUGUGCAACAAAUGGCACUUCCACAUUAGCCCUGGUGAUCUUUUUUCUCACGUUUAUUAGACUCUAAUUCAUUCCAUUGGGUAAGCAGCCAUGUGCAAACUGUAUGCUCACUGCAGCCUCUUUGACAACAUAAAAGGGUGUUAGGGAGGUGUGGGAAUUUUACUGCCAUUCUAUGUAGUUACGUAUACUCAUCCCACGAUUUUCAGAAUUUUGAGAAAGACCAUUUGCCAUGACUCUUCCUUUAACUUGCAUUAUCCAAAGUGGUUUUAAUAACUUUAUCUUGGUUAGCUGGGUAAUUGGAGAUACAUUGGUGUAGAAAAUCGGUGAUAUUUACUAAGAUGAAUAUAACUUCUUGUAAGGACAUGCUGAGAAAUGGCUAAUUUUGUCGUGUUUGUGUUUUAAAGGUUAUGUCAGCAUAUUUUCUUGACACAUUCCAUAGGGCCUUCAUCUAGUGACUCAUCUUGAAGCUUUUACCUCAAGAGACUUCUUAUGGCAACGUUUGGUGAUACAAAACUUCCCUUUAACAGGGAAACUUAUUAACAGAAAAAAAAGUAACAAUAGGUAUUUUAGAAACUAAACAUGAAAUAAGUCCUGCAUCUAAAAAAGCAUCGGAAAAUAUACUCUGAACAAAGGAUAUCACAGGUUCAUGAAUAAAAGGAAAAUAACAUGCUAUUGGUUUUCUGCAAAAAAAAAAAAGAUUAUUAUUACCAUUUGUUGCUGAAUAUGGGGCGUUCCCCACACAGUGAGAUUUAAAACAUGAAAAAUGUUUUGUUCAUGAGGAAGUUCCUUUAAAGAACACUAUAGGCACCCUCUGAAACUGCUAUGUUUUCAGCUGCAGGGUUAAAACUAGAGGGACCUGGCACCCAGACCACUUCAUUGAGCUAAAGUGGUCUGGGUGCUUAUAGUGGUCCUUUAACACAAGUCCAUCCGUAGUUUCCUAACCCAGUCCCAAGGCACGAGCAAUCCACGUUUUGUAGCCUCAUUAAAACAGAACCAGGCGAUCCCUAAAUCCUGGACCAUUGACCAACCUUGUGAAACCUUCCAGAAAUAAUCAAUUGUAUUUGUGCAGUUCUGUUAUUUGUUGUAAUUUAAAUUUAUUUUCAUUCAAUGUUUUUGCAAUACUUUUUUCUAAAUAAUAAUCUUAUAUAUUUUUCCACCCACAGUGUCCGAGGACUCCCCUUGUAAUGCUCACUCCACGUAUAGCCCCUCUGAAGUAAUCAAUUCCGAAGAGCAAGAGGCCUUAUUGACGGAGAAUCAAAUAAACCAUUACUAUGCCCGGAAACCAAAGGACCGUUAUAAUAGCACGUACAUUAUAUUUUUCAUGUUGGGGGUCGGUUCUGCACUGCCAUGGAACUUUAUCUGCACCGCAAAACACUACUGGAUAUACAAGUUCAGGAACUGUUCAGAUACACCAAUCAUUGAACAGCCUACCGUUUCUGACUUAAGUGUGAGUAUAACUUUAUUUUAAUGGCAAAAUAAUUGAUAUGUUUGAAAGCAGGAGAAGCCAAUGCUUAGCUCUUCAGCUGUUUAAAUAUGACUUCUACGAUGCUUUGCUCGACAUUAUAGCAAUUUGCAAUAAUUAAAUCUUCCUGCCGAUGAAUUUAUGACUCUCCAAAAAUUUUACUGUAUAUGAGGAGUAGCACCAGGCGAACCACAGGUAGGAAGACAAACUGUUAAAAAAUUGUUUGACUCCUUACAAUUGGGGGAGGGAGAUGCAAGGACAAUCCUGGCACCAUGACCAUUACAACAAGCUGUAGUUUGCUUGUCUGGAGUGUUCCUUUAAACUGGUUGUUUUAAUCAAGUAAUUAUGCGAUCAUCUUAACAACUCAAACAUCAGUUACACUGUUUACCCAAAAUAUGUAAAAGGAGUGAAUAAUUGGACCUGGAGAUGUCAUUGAUCAGUGAACUAUGGUGACCAUGCUCAUUUAAUUAAAAUAACCCCAUUACAUUGACACAUGUUGCCAAGUCAUGUGAUAUUCAGACACAGACAGAGGGUCAUUCAUCAAAGUGUGAAUUUCCCUGAAUUCAAAGGGUAUAUAAAAUUUUUAGAAAAUGGCCAAACUAAAUACACAGCACUGACGUUGAUAUUUUAUCGAGUUAGUCUACUUUGAUCUAAAAUGUGAUAUUCACUUUCAGUUCAGUGAAUAACUCUGUGACACCAUUACACAAUCAGAGCACCUUCACAAAAAUGAAAUACAUUAAAGAAAAGUCAUAAUUUUAAAGAAAAAAAUAAAUUUAUAUAUAUAGACACACACACACACAUUAAUAUAUGUAGCCUAAUUCUACUGUACUCAGCAUUGAAUUACUCUUUGUUUCAGCAUAAAUUGUUGAGGAACCUAAUAGUUGGUGGUCAUGUGACUCUGGUCUUUAACAUGAUUCAUUUGAAAACAUCUUGCAUUCUAACCUAUGGACUGACGGCAAAUUGGGCAACAUGGUAUGAAACUUACAAAGCAAACUUCCUUGUCUAGUGAAGACAGUCACUUAUUAGAAAGCGGUUUCAGCUAUACCACUGGAUUGAUGUUUAAAAGGAUACUCCAGGCUCCAGCAGUUGUUAUGCAUUAUAAAGAAAGGAGGGGAGAUCAUGAAGCUGCUGCACUUGCCCUGGCAAGCUGCAUCAGCAAAAUAUCCCCUCGUAGACCACGAAGAUACUGCACCAAUCAGGAGUCUAUUUCUGGUCUAUCUAGAUCUGAUCUUUUCCAAUAACUCCAUGUCCAACAAGUAUUUUAAGGGUUACACGAACCAAAAACAGUUUUAUAAAACACUAAAGUUCACAGGACAUUAGGAAUUCAGCUAAGCAUGUAUGAAAAGGAUUAAAAAAAACAGCACCAUAUGGUGAAACACAGUUACAUACAAUGCAAUAUGCACCAUAAAGUUACACUCUCAGAAUGUAGUGAAAUUUGGCAUCUUGGUGUACCUCCCCAUGAGAUAUCACACUGGGAUGCGUGACAACAUGGUGUUGGAAUGCAGGAAACAAUGGACAUGCAUGAUCACAUGAUCACGAGUGGUGGAACGCAUCCAAAAUUGAGCUGAAACGGAAUUGGUGAGCGAGAAAUAGGAAGUUACACAUUUUGGAUAUUGUGGCCAGCUGUGCCGAAAGAAGGGCACUUCUUAAGCACCUGAAGUAGAGGAGCAUCAUCCAAUGAGGUGGGAAGGAUGGAUCCACACCCACUGAAACACCAAUGACCUAUUUAAAGAGAAUGGGGAGGGUGGUUAGUUAAUAUAACACCUUAAAGUGUUGUAUAUAUUAAUAUUUAAAAUUUGUCCUUGAGGAAGUCCACAUUUGUGGAGGAAAUGUGUUGGACUAUUUUUACAAAUUUUAUUUUGGUGAUAUGUUUUUUAAAAAUAUAUAUUUAAUUUUGUAUUAUUAAAAUUUUGAAAUUAAGUGGCUAUUGUUGCAGUGACUUAAUAUCUGUGGACCACGGUUCUGAUUGAAGGAGGCAAAGAAGGUUUAGCCCCUCAGCCUACAUCAGGGGAGGCAUCCCAAGGCGCCAAGUUUCACUACAUUCUGUGAGUGUGAAGAAAAUAGACUUGAUUUCGGGAUUUUCUUCUGUCAUUUGUUUAUUUUAAGUUGUAUUGGUUCGGUAGAUUAAACUACCGAACGCAGACCACCCUGCUGGCUCAUUAUCUACAAAGGGAACCAUCCAUUGAGCGCUCUCUCCGCGGCCACCGUUUGCAUAGUCGAAUGCCAUGUGGAAGAGAAAACGGAGGCCAUCUUGUUUGCACGAAAGGGAGCAGCGGGACUUGGUCGUCGAGUGUCUGGAACUAAAAUCGGACACUCGACUUCCUGAACACCGCUGAAAACAUUAGAACGUCUGCUUCCUUUUGUUGCUGAACAGCUAGGAGAGCGCCGUUCGGUAGUUCGGUUCCCACGAACAAGGGGAACAAUCACUUCUAUGAGCCAGGAGGCUCCAUUCGUGGUUUUAUUCGUUUUUAUGCACUUUUCAAAAUUAACCAACCGCACACACUGUAUUCAUGGAACUGUUUUGGGCAGGAGCCUCGUGUGCGGUCUGUGACCUAAGACUUCCACACUUUUUGAGAACCCCAAGGUAUCCCCACAAAUGACAUGUCCCCUGAUAGCCUCGAUCUGGGUGAAAUUUGAAUAUGUUGAGCCCCCAGAUCGGGGCUAUCAGGUGACAUGUCAUUUGUGGGGAUACCUUGUGUGUCCCAAGUUUUGGGGAAAUUGUGUGUCCUUUGCCUGGAGAUAAUUGGGUUAUCCUACUUAUCUCCCAGGCAGAGGAAGGGGGGUUUUACUGUAAAUCUGUAUUAUGAUUGGUUGUCACUUUUGUUUACUGUGGGAGGUCCUCUUGCAGGAGUAUUUCCAUAAAAGUCAGUGUGGCAUCAAUAAAACAUGAUUCCUGUUGUACACUUAAUGAAGUCUAGGCUCAUUCUUGGGUAACCUUUAUUUGCUGGGGAGAUUCGUUUUGGAAACUGCAUUCAUCUUUACUAUUCCUCUACACCCUAGCUGCAGCUGUUAUCACUUAUGCUCAGCAAUUGGAAAGGGAAUAGGCGAACUAAGUACCAUAACCACUGACGUUCGUAACAGUAACUUUGUAGCGCAUAUUGCAUUGUAUGUAACUGUGCUUCACCAAUUCAAUAUUUUAUAUUUCGUUUUUUUAUAAAACACUAUAACACUAAAGAACCAUACUGGCACAGUCCUUUCCACAUAAAGAAAAGGGAAUAAUGAAAUAAUGAAUGACAUCCAUUCGUCAGGAAAACAAAAUGCUGCACAGAUUCCAAGUACCAUCAUCACUUCAAAUUCUACAGUUCAGGGUGCUUGGAGUAAGCAUGGUAACUCUUUAAGGCAGAUAAUGUUAAACCCAGGGGUCAAGUUGUAACCAGAUAAACGUAAGAAUGUCUCAUGUUCAAAACUUUUUACAUGAUCUCAUUUGAUUCCUCUCUUAACCAUUCAUCUUGACAUUUAUAUUUGCUGUUAAAGUGUCUAAAUGUGAUCUUCUAUAGGGUGUAGUUCAAGUCAUUUCACUAUUACCAGUGGCGUGCUAAGGGUUGGGGGGGUCCAUGAUUCAGGGCCAGGGAUGUGUGAGCUGUGCAGUCGCACAGGUCACCAUGGCAGCUGGAGCACCGGGAGGCCAAAACAGCUUAUACAUGCAGGGACAGAAAGCCACUUUUCUUCAAAACCGGACGCUCAGAAGGAAAGUGGGGACAGAGCCAACCCGGCAGUGGUUGUGUGGCCAAGCAGGUGUCGGGGGCAGGGCUUAACACGGCUCGCACCCACUGCUGUUACUGCUGCACAAGUAACAGACUACAGGGAGGGACAGUGAAUCCACUCCUCCAGCCCAUACUGUCAGUAAGUGAGAGUGUGUGUGUGUGUGUGACUGUCUGCAUAUGACUGUGUGUGUGUGUGACUGUCUGCAUGUGAUUGUGUGUAUGUGACUGUGUCCCUCUAACUGUGUGUGUGACUGUCUACCUGUAACCAUGUGUGUGCCUGUAACUCUGUGUGUGUGAGUGACUAUCUACCUGUGACUGUGUGUGUGUGUGUGUGUGUGUGUGACUUUCUGCCUGUACCUGUGUGUGACUGUCUGUAACUGUGUGUGUCUAUGACUGACUGCCUGUGACUGUGUGUGUGCCUGUCUGACUGCGACUGUGUGUGUGCCUGUCUGACUGCGACUGUAUAUGACUGUCUACCUGUGAUUGUAUAUGUGAUUGUGUGUGUGUGUGUGUGUGUCUGUCUGCCUGUGAAUGACAGCGUGUGACUAUCUGCCUGUGAACUGUGUGUGUGUGUGUGACUUCCUGCCUGUAACUCUGUGUAUGUGACUGUCUGCCUGUGACUCUAUGCAUGACUGUCUGGCUGCGACUGUGUGUAUGUGAAUGUCUGCCUGUAAUUGUGUGUGUGACUGCCUGCAUGUGACUGUGUGUGUGUGUGUGACUGUGUGUGUGUGUGUGACUUUGUGUGUGUGUGUGUGUGUGUGUGUUUGUGUGACUGUCUGCAUGUGACUGUCUCCCUCUAACUGUGUAUAUGUGUGUGACAGCCUGCUUGUUACUGUGUGUGUGAUUGUCUACCUGUGACUAUGUGUGUGUGUGACUGUCUACCUGUGACUAUGUGUGUGUGUGUGUGUGUGUGUGUGACUGUCUGCAUGUCUGUCUCCCUCUAACUGUGUGUAUGUGUGUAACUGUUUGCAACUGUGUUUGUGUGUGUGUGUGUGUGUGUGUGUGUGACUGUCUGCCUGUAACUGUGUGUGUAUGACUGCCUUUGACUGUCUGCCUUUAACUGUGUGAGUGAAAAUCCAGCGCACUCCAUUAUCUACUAAACAGCAACUUUGGUGCUGACAGAUUUUGUUAGUUUUUUAAAAAAACACCUAAUCUAGGCAAAAAAUAAUGGGUGUUUAGUUACAUGAUAUGAUCAUACAUUGCAUAAGCCUGGCACAACGUCAAUGUACCCCAUAAUUGACAGGUCCUACUAUAACAGCCAAAUGUCUGCUUCAUGAGCUACUUACUUGGGUAAAAAAUGUAAUCUCGAGUUCUCGGCAGUACAAGGCUAAAUAUGGCCCAGGGAUGAGGUACCUGUGACAUGGAGGGGUGCAAAACCAAGGAGUUGGCUAGACUCCUAAAUAAAUAUUAUAUAUAUAUAUAUAUAUAUAUAUAUAUAUAUAUAUAUAUAGAUAAAAAGAGGGGUCUGGCUGCACUCACCUAAACAUGCAUAAGUAGUACAAUAAAAAUGAAAAUCCAGCGUACUCCAUUAUCUACUCCUUAUCUGCCUCAUCCCAAUGCCCUAUUUAGCCUUGUACUGCAGAGAACUCGAGAUGGAAUUUUUUCCCCAAAGUAAGUAGCUCAUUUAAUAGACAUUUGGCUGUUAGAGGAGAACCUGCAAAGAUGGGGUACAUUGAUGUUGUGGCAGGCUUAUGCAAUAUAUGAUCAUAUAAUGUAAAUAAACCCCCAUUAUUUUUUGCAUAGAUUAGGUGUUUUUAAAAAACUAACAAAAUCUGUCAGCACCAAAGUUGCUGUUUAGUAGAUAAUGGAGUGCGCUGGAUUUUCGUGUUUAUUUAACUGUGUGAGUGACUGUCUACCUGUGACUGUGUGUGUGUGUGUGUGUCUGACUGUAACUGUGUGUGUGACUGUGUGCCUGUAACUGAGUGUGUGUGACUGUCUGUCUGUAACUGUGUGUGCAUGACUGCCUGUGACACUGUGUGUGCCUGUGACUGUGUGUGACUGUCUACCUGUGACUGAAUAUGUGACUGUGUGUUUGUGUGUCUGUCUGUGACUGUGUGUGAGUGUUACUAUCUGCCUGUGACUGUGUGUGUGUGUGUGACAGCCUGCCUGUAUCUGUGUGUGUGUGUGUAAGACUGUCUGUAACUGUGUGUGUGUGUGUAAGACUGUCUGUCUGUAACUGUAUAUGUGACUGCCUAUGACUCAGUGCGUGACUGUCUGGCUGUGACUGUCUGCCUGUAACUGUGUGUGUGACUGCCUGUGACUCUGUGCGUGACUGUCUGUCUGUGAGUGUCUGCCUGUAACUGUGUGUGUGACUGUCUGCAUGUAACUAUGUGUGUGUGACUGUCUGCCUGUGAUUGUGUAAUGCUACCUGUAACUGUGUGUGUGUGUGUGUGUGUGUGUGUGUGACUGUCUGUCUGUGACUGUGUGCGUGUGACUGUCUGCCUGUAACUGUGUGUGUGUGAUUGUCUGCCUGUAACUGUGUGUGUGUGGGGGGGGAUUGCAGGGAUUUUGUAGAAGGGGCAGGGGUUUUGUAAAAGGGGGCCUGAGCAGAGGAUUUGUGGAAGGGAGGUGCAGGGGUUUUGCAGAAGGGGGCAGUACAGGGUUUAUAGAGGGGGGCAGGACAAGGGUUUUUUAGGAGGGGGUGGGGCAGAACAGAAGUUUUGUAGGAGGGGACGGGGCAGGACAGGGGUUUUACAAAGUUUUCAAAUUUGUGCAAUACAUUAAAAAACAUAAACAAAACAUUGUCAAAGUUUUGCUGGUAUUUUUACAGUUUGUUUUUUUUUUGGAGAGGGGGGUGGGGGGUUACCAAACACAGGAUCUUCCCCGGGAGCUAAAUGCUCUAGGUAUGCACCUGACUAUUACCAGUCCUGGUAAAUCUGGCAUGCUAUUCAUGCUUUAAAUUCUCCCUUUUUGCUUAUAUUACUCGCGUAGAUAUUGCUGUCCCUGCAUGUAUGUAUAGUGUGUGUUAAGGAUUGUAUAAAUACAAUAUAGAGCCUAAAACAUAAAAACCACAACCUAUGUAUGUACUUGAGAAUAUGUGCAGUUCUCAAGAGAUAUCAAUACCAUAUAUCCCCAAACUCUGAAUAUUUGUCUGUUAAAAGAAACACCAUAACCACUACUAAUGCAAUAUCCUGCCAACUCAUACCAGGUUUGGACAGAAUUCAUUGGCUCAGCAUCAGCUGACAACGCUGUGCCAGUUUAGUAUAGAACAUUACACAUAUCCAACAUACACAUAAUAUGAGGUUUUAAUCAUUCCUAGCAAAUAGUUUUUUUAACUACAGAAUGAAAGAGAAUUGAACAGGGAGACAGCAGGGGCAUGAUCUAUACACCAAAACUACUUCAAUAAGCUAAAAAUUGGUUUGGUUUCUAUAGUGUCCCAUUAAUGAAGGCAGUAUCUCAAAUGAACUACCUUUAGUUGAUUUCCUUGCAGCAUAUAAAUUCUGCUCACUGUAGGGCAGCACUUUUCAUGUAAUGUCCUUUUAGUAUUAUUUAUGAAUGCCCAGACGAGGGAUCGGAAACCGAAAUCAAAGUGAUUUGCCAACUUUUUUUUAUGAAGUGUGUUAAAGGAAAUGUGGUUAUACAAGCAUGAUGCUGUAGUCUAGUUAAUUAGAAGUGCGAGACUGUACGUUAUAACUCAUCCAGCUUGCAUAAUAUCUGCUGACACAAAUGUAUUUGAUACAAACAUUUAAAUAAAAACAUAUUUGUCAUGCCUUCUAUUUUAACCCGUGGAGUACCAGGACAAGUUUCAUUGUGGGAUUUAGUCACUAAAAACCAAAUUGUAGUUCACUGAAAACCAAAACCAAUUGAGCAGUUUGCCUGAAAAUGGGGUUACUCAAUUGCUUGCUCAAAUUUCCAAUGUGUAGGUUUCAAUUUUGUAAUAAAAAUAUCAGUUUCAUCCAUAUUUGGAUGCCAUUGAUUGGACAACUGUGUCAACUAGCAAGCUCAGCCAACAAUCUUGUCGAAAUAUGGAGCAAAUUAAUAUUGCCAAUAUGGACGUUCCACUACGGCAUAGGCAAUUCAGGAGUGCAGGUGCCUCAAGGGGCAUCAUAUUUAUUUAUUUAUAAAAUAUUUUACCAGGAUGGGCACAUUGAGAUUUUCAAGUAUGUCCUGGGUCCACAAAACAUUGCAUUGUUACAAUAGGAUACAAUAUUACAAAAAUACAAUAUACAAACUAUAAAUAUAUAUAUAUAUAUAUAUAUAUAUAUAUAUAUAUACAUACACACAUAUAUAAAUUUAAUACAUAACAGGUAAUAAAUAUAUUCUAGAUUUUAGAUUGAAUGAAGAUUUGACUGUGUCCCUGAGGUUAUUCCAUAAUUGCGGUCCUCUGUAGAAAAAUGAGGAUCCAGCCACUUUAUUUUUGUAUUGCGGUAUGCGAAAUAUCGUGCUGGUACUGGAUCGGAGGUUAUAGGAGGUGGCAACAGCCUGGGAGAGCAUUGUGCUCAGGUAGAGUUGGAGCUUCCCAGAAAUGCUCUUAUGCACAAGGCUGGAAAGAUGAAGAGUGUGUCGGGAUUCCAGCGACAGCCAGUUUAGCUCUUCAUAUCACAGUGGUGGGUAAAGUAAUUACAUUCUAGUACAAAGUGGCAGAACUAAUUAUAUAACGUAUUAAGUUUAUUAAGGUGUGUUUACGGUGCGGGUGCAUACAUAUAGUGGUUAUCUUACUUAGACACCAGUAAAUCCCCUAAAAUUCAGCGCAAGCAUAUUUCAACACAUAUUUACACUACAUAUUGCAACAGUUCAACGCUAUGUGUACUCUCUAUGUGUACUCUAAUGCAGGCGACAAAGCCAGUCUGUUGGUUGGCAAGUGACAACACCAGUGUUUGUGUCACGUAAUACGUUAGUGUGACCUGACACGUCUGGCGUAUACCUAGAAAAAGCAUACAAUUACAUACAGACUAUCUCAUCUCAAUGAUGUUGAUGGUGCCAUAUGACUGUAGUAACGUAAAUCCCACCGAAGUAGCUGAGUAAAACUUGACUGUUUUAAUCAGAUGUACUCAUAGAGACCACUAGAUUGGCACUGUCCAGCGUUUUCCUGUGCAUGUGCACAGUAACCUCCCAAUGCUUUGCUAUGGUGAGCUUUGGAUUGUAAAGAAGUGGGGCCGGCCGAGAUGAGAGCACUACUCAUUCACACAGGAGGAGACAGUGUCCUAACAAGUUAGCAGGUAACUAUAGACAGACGUAUCCUUCUUGUGUUCCUUUAACAAAAUAGCCAACAUUUAUUUUUUUAAAGUAUAGAUAGGGUUUUAUUUUAAGAUAUGUUGAAUACAUAACCAGUCAUUUAGUAUUAUAAAAAAAAAAAAAAAAAAGUUGUAAAAUGAAGGAGAAAAAAAAAAUCAGGUUACUUUACUAUAAUGAUUGGUUUGCAAUCCAAUGCAGCUCUUAUAGAGCUGGUUAUCGGCACAGCGUGUUGAUUUGCUACACUUGCCUCCCAAUCCUACUUCAUAGGGAAGCAUUGGAUUGGCUGAGAUUGAUCACAUACAGGAAGGCACAGCGGGCGCGGCGAGGGAAAAAAGAUAAGUAAAACUCACCUUUCAAACCCUAUCGGUGGGAGGGGGGAACACCUAAAUAGGUUGAGAAACACUAUAGCGUUAGGAAUGCACAUUUGUAUUACUAAAGGUAUAAUGUUCCUUAAAAUUAAUUUAGCCACGUUUUGGAGUCAUCUGUUGAAAUGCAGAAAGUUUGGUUCAAAUCGUUCUGUCUUUCCUUAACGCAGGGCGAAAUGUCAAUAUUCCAUACAUUAUUGCUUUCAUAAUGAGAUUUAAAAUCUUGGCCAGAUUUGCAGAUCGGGGUUAGUAAACACGUGGAAUCUUUGGUGAGAGAGACAUACACCACUAUUCUCCUAACUUUAGCGAGAUGGACAUAAUCGUCUCUCAACCAGCUUUGCUGAGUACAAGACUGGAUAGGAUUUUCACCAUCGUCCAUCGGUGACUUCGCUCUGCUUUACCCAUUCAUCACUGAAGCGAAUUACGUAUCAGCAGCCUAAUGGAAGCACUCUGGCAUGAGGAGACUCCAUCCUGUUUUCACACAUAACGGAUAGAUAAGCGGGCUAUUUUUGUUACUAGGAGUAUGUAGCAGGUUUAGUGCUGGCCACAUAAAUCACAGAAUUGUUAAGGGUAAGCGAUGACCUUGAUUUAAGGCUGCCUGAGCAUCAUAGGAAGAGUAGUUCUCAAGCAGCAAGUUUUGACAUUAUUUGUUAAAAAAAAAAAAAAAAAUGUAGUUUUCAUUUAGUGGUUAUAAUAAAAAUAAAAAGUCCUGAUGAAAGUCUGUGUUUAACAGACUGAAACGUCGAUUCUUUUUUAUAAGCUCAUUAAAAGCUAAUUUUUAUUUGAUUCAACAGUCCUGAGAGUGCUAUCUGGAUUUCUUUUUAUGUAUAUACUUAUGUAUAUAGAUAUAAAUAUUAUUUCAUUCUACAUGUAUUUUGAUAUCAAUAUAUAUAUAUAUUUUAAAAUACAUUUAGAACGAAAUUACACAUGUAUAUAUAUUUUUUAUUUAUUUAUUUUUUAUUAUUUUUAAAAUUUUAUUAUUAUUUAACGUAUUUACAUAUUUAUUUAUUUUUAUUAUAUAUAAAUAUAUAUAUAUAUAAUGAAAAUGAUAUAUAUAUUUAAUCAAUAUCAUUGUAUGUGUAUUUUGAUAUUAAUAUAAUCUAAGUAUAUAUUAUUUAUUUUUACACUGAUUUAACAUGUUUUAUUUUAUUUUCAGACAGCAGGGGGAGUAGCUGUCAUUACAGGCACUCCCCCUGCUGGCAUUGCCUUGGACGGCUAUGCCGUCCAUGUGAUCUCGAGGUCCUCGCAAGGACCUCGCGAUCACAUGGCCCAGGGGGGGCGAAGAGGACAGAGGGGGACUACCUGGGCUCCCAGGUGAGUCUCCAUAGCGCGAUCGCCGGCGUGGGAGCAUUCUUUACCACCCUGCGGCGUUUAGAGCCAUCUAAAUAAGGACGGCAUAGAACGCCCUGCGGUCUUAAGGGGUUAAAUCUGUGUUAGUGAGCACUUCUCCUUUGCUGAGAUAAUCCAUCCACCUCACAGGUGUGGCAUAUCAAGAUGCUGAUUAGACAGCAUGAUUAUUGCACAGGUGUGCCUUAGGCUGGCCACAAUAAUGAAUUUGAGAGAAAUAGGCCUUUUGUGUACAUAGAAAAAGUCUUAGAUCUUUGAGUUCAGCUCAUGAAAAAAAAGUGUUGUGUUUAUAAUUUUGUUCAGUGUAUAUACACUAUAUAGACAAAAAUAUUAGUCCACCUGACCAUUACACCAAUGGGAUUUUAUGACAUUGCAUUUUUAAUACAUAGACAUUAAUAUGUAGUUGGUGUCCCCUUUGUAGCUAUAACAACUUCCACUAUUCCUGGAAGGAUUUCCACAAGAUCUUAUUGUAAUACUGUGGGAAUUUCUGUCCAUUUAUCCGGUAGAGCAUUUGUGACAUCAGUAUUGUGAUGUUGUAUGAGGAAGCCUGACUCUCAAUGUCCGUUUUAGUUAAUCCCAAAGAUAUUCGAUAGGGUUGAGGUCAGGGCAUUUCAGUGUCUCCAGUCAAGUUCUUCCACACUAAACUCAUCCAGCGAUGUCUUUACGGACCUUGUGCACUGGGGCACUGUCAUGCUGUAACAGAAAAGGGCCUUCUCCAAACUGCCCCAUAAAGUUGGAAGCCUAGCAUUGUCCAAAAUGCCUUGGUAUGCUGAAGCAUUAAGAUUCCCCUUGUGCAGUGGCAGUGUGCUUUACACCACUCAGUCCGACAUUUGGCAUUGUACUUGGUGAUGUGAGGCUUGCAUCCAGCUGCUCGGACAUGGAAACCCAUUCUGUGAUGCUUCUUCUGCACAGUUUUUGUGCCAAUAUUAAUGCCGGUGGAGGUUUGGAACUCUUCAUCUAUGGAAUUAGUAGAGCGUUUGCGACUUUUACGCAUCAUGUGCCUCAGCACUCGGUGACCCCACUCUGUGAGUUUACAUGGUCUUCCGCUUUGUGACUGAGUUGCUGCUGUUCCUUAAUGCCUCCACUUUCCAAUAAUACUACUUACAGUUGCCUAGAAUAUCUAGCAGGAAUAAGAUUUCACAAACUGGCUUAUUGCAAAGGUGGCACGCUUGAAUUCACUGAGCUCUUCCGAACGACCCAAUUUUUUUUAACUGUCUGUAAAUGCAGACUGUAGCGGAUGGCAUUGGGCUGUCCUCAAGAAUUCGUGGUAAAAAUGUAUUCGUGUAAUUAUUCCCAUGUAUAACUGUAAGUGUAUGUAGCUUUUGUCUGCUUGUUCGGUAGUUUUCCUUCGUUUUCAUAUGAAUGAAACUACCGAACCAUCAGACCACCCCAGUGAGAAGUGUGUACCUCGUUAAGCUUUCAGACUCUGUAACCGCAGCUAAAUUGACCGUGAAAUUGCUACUUUAUGUGUAUCUAUGUGGUCGCCGUUUGGCAUACGAACCGUGUGACGGCACCCAUCUUACGCAAGAAAAUCUCAGCGGUGUUUGGUCGUCGAGUGUCUGGAACUCAAAUCGGACACCCAAACACCGCUGAGACCUCCAGAGCUCCAUAACUCACGAACGGAAGGGCCAAUCAGCCCCUCAUUCAGUAACAUAAAUGUACCGAACAAGGGAAUACAUACGAAUAUGAGAUUAGCUGUGGAUGGCAAGUAUUUCUGUGUGUUUUAACUACCGAACGGAGACCGAGCGCAGGGUUAAAUUUCACCUUCCAUCUAACUCCCGAACCCCUGGUCCGAUCUGGGUGAAUUUUGAAUAUGUUAUUCACCCAGAUCUGGGCUACAAGGGGGUACCCAGUAUAUCAGUCUAUCUGCCUGUUUUGGGGUACAUCCAGAAAUCGGGGAAAACUACAGUAUGUUUAAUGGGAUUAUGUGUCACACUGAGGGGAGGAGAUGUGUGGGAGGUAACUGUUACAAUAUUGGCUACUGUAAUAAUUACUGUGAAUGGGAAUAAAAGUCAGUUCUGCUCCUGAUGCUGUGUGUCGUCCAGUCAUUGGGAUCUGUAUGGGGAUAUUCAUGGAUUGCCUUGCUUGCUGUGAAUAUUGUUCUAUGGGAUUGUAUUACUUGUUCCCGAGCCUCACUGGGAUCUUUAGUGGAGUUAACCUGUGAAAGACCAGCUCUCCGCUACACAGACUGCAUGGCUGGGUGCUUUACUUUUAUACACCUGUGUCAAUGGGUCUAAAUGAGACACCUAAAUUCAAUAAUUAACCAAUAAAUGUGCAUUUCUUUCCACGAUUUAUUUCUGAUGUAUUUUUGGGGAUUCUCUCUGAGUGCGGAUCAACAAACUUGCCCCAUGUCAAGACAUUUACACAGCUUAAGAAAAGGAAGGAGAGGAAAUAAUUGUAAAAUCCCAGCACAGUUCACCAUAAGUUUCUUUGUUAUCAAGAGGGCCUAUUAUGUACCAAGAAUGAACUUGGAUAACCAUAAAGUUAUUUUAAAAAUGUAUACAACCAUCUAGGUGUACUAAUGAGUACAUUCUAAAGGAAAUACUGUGUAGCUAUGCACUUUCAUUCAAAACUUGAAACAUAACACACUCACAAACAAAAAUAAAACAAAGCAAAAAUGAAAAAGAAAGAAAAACAUAAACAAAGUGGCAACCUAAGACAACCUAUAUCUCUCCAUCAUAAUUAAAAAUGUAUAAAUUAUUUCUCAACUAUAUAUGUCCAACUUCAAGUAAGAAAUAGAUUUGUAAUAAAGUGACAUUUGAAACAUCUACAACUUAAUCUUAACAGAAGCCUAUAUCAUCCUUCUAAUAAAGCUCAGUGAAUGUGUGUGUGUCUGUAAGUGUGGGUGUCUAAGUGAAUGUGUGUGUGUCUGUGAGUGAAUGUGUGUGUCCGUCAGUGAAUGUGUAUGUCUGUCAGUGAAUGUGUGUGUGUGUGCGUCGGUCAGUGAGUGUAUGUGUCAGUCAGUGAGUGUGUGCAUCUGUCAGUGAGAGUAAGCGUCUGUCAGUGAGUGUGUGUCGGUCAGUGAGUGUGUAUGUGUCAGAUAGUAAGUGCGUGCGUCUGUCAGUGAGUCUGUCAGUGAGUGUGAGUCUGUCAGUGUGUGUCCAAGUAAUAGUGUGUGUCUGUCUAUCAGUGUGUCAAAUCAGUGAGUGUGUGUAUAUGUCAUUGUUUGUCAGUGUAUAUGAGAGUGUUUGUCUGUCAAUGAGUGUAUGCAUCUAUCAGUGAGUGAGCAUCUGUUAGUCAAAGUGCGGCCUUGGCAGGAAGGGGUGGGGAAAAUAGGGGGGGUGCCCGAGCAUCAUCCUGCCUUGGGCAGCACAAAUCCUAAAUACACCACUGAUGGAGAUAUAAAAUAAUUGAGAUGAAAGAGCAAUAAUAUAUGUGCAAAUUUAUGUUAUCCAGCAAAAAAAAAUUAGAGAAAAAAAAUAAAAAUGUCUAAACCGUCCAACUAUGGUUUAAUCAAAGUGCCCAGUAUCUGUGCCAAGGGAGCCAUACUUUAAAAUAACUCUGUUUACUAUUCUAGCAGCUCAGUGGAUAGCUUCAGCCCACAUUCACAUGGAUAUGUUGUUCAUAUAUAUAUAUAUACAUAUAUAUAUAUAUUGUUUUGGUUUCCAGAUAGACAGACUAUAAUUAUAGUUGGACAGAAGAAAGAUGCUUCGAUCCACUUGAGAUAUUAUGCCUAUAUUCAUGUACAUGGCAUGGCUGAAACAACAGGGGGGCACUGAAUACCCUCUAACAAAUGUACUUCUUUAGAGACCAGAGGUCAGAGGGUAUUCAGUGCUCCUUGCUAUUGUUUCAGGUGAGCCAUGUACCAUUAUAUUUCUAGUGAAUCCUUUCUUCAAGUUAAAAUCAGUCAUUCUCUUUUUUUAUUUUGUCAUGUUAUAGUCAGCAGUGGAACCUGCUGUUGACUCUCCCAAACAUCAAGGGACAGCUUAUAACUAAUGUUGUGUUUAUGCUGUACACCUUGUGAUCGAUAUUGUGUUUAUUCUACAUCCGUAAUACCUGUCUUCGGCGUAUUUGUUCUUCUCACCAAGCAUAAUUAUAUUUUAUCAUUGUUAACAUUUAAAAUAAUUAUUAAUAAAUUGUUUCCCCCUUUCUAUAUGUUUUUUUUUCUUCUGUACCCUUUUCUCCAUUUGUAUUUACCAAGUUUUUUUUUUAGAAAUGUAAUAAACAUUUGAAAAUAAUGAUUAUUAAUGUUGGAAUGCUUGACACAGCCAUACAGUAUACUUUACAACUUCCAAAGUAACGUUAGUAUAUGUAACUUUGUCAUGGUGACGGUCUAGUUUACAUUAUAUUAUUUUGCAGUUCCAGAAAUGCUAAAUGUGUGUAACUGAGAUGAGACUUGAUUAGUUUGGUCUUUCCCCUCUUUUCUAAGAAGACGAGAUAUUACCAGUCAUAUAUUUUAUUACAUUCUUUUCAAGUGUUGUGACACCUAUCCCAUAAGUACCGUUGUUUCUUCAGGAGAGAUUUUUUUUUUCUGAAAUAAAGUUGUUCUUUAUUGCCACCACUACAAAAACACUGGUAGAGGAACCCUAAAUCUUAUCACAAGUCUUCCCACAGCUCUACUGUCAGAGUCUUACCUGGGUUGUGAGUCUGUAGCGCAGAUAUGUUGCUCACCCUUGCAGAUAGCCACAGGCCAAGGUGGUCAGGUAAGAAUUCACCUGGCCUGUGGAUCUGUGCAGGAUGAAGUACCAAGUCGCAGGACAGGCAAGGACUCAAACAACAGGAUCGUCAAGGGAUAGCCGAGGUCAAAGGAUGCCAGAGGUCAGAGUAAACAUAGUCAGAAGCCGGGGUCAAUAAUAAGUAGCAGAUCAAACGACAGGAACACUGGUACGGAACACACAACAGGAUCGAAGACUUGAUCCUGAUCACAGGGCGAGGCGGAGUUUAAAUACCCUGCUGAUGUCUGAUCAGGGUCGGGUGAAGCACAGCCAUAGUCAAGGUACAGCCCCCAGAGUAAUAGACAUGCCAGGAUGAACAGGGCCGGAAAUAUUUGUUGAUAUAUAAAGCUGCUGUGGCUAAGAGGUAGGAAGCAGGAGCAGGACUGCAAAGUUCCCCGGUUCAAAUCUCCUGUAGGGAACUCCUUGGGCGAACACGUCUGGCUGUCUGUCUGCCGCAGUGAGAACCGUGACAGUACCCCACCUUCAAGAACGCCUUCUGGGUGUGAAUAGGUUUGUUGUCAUAACAGUACACCUCUUCAGGUUCACUGUCCGAAUCAAGUGAGUCCCCAUAGCCGAAGUCCCCAGUGUGGAAUCCCUUUACAGCAUGGGACUCCUUAGUACCAGCUUCUGGUGUGGCUGGAGCACAGUCCAGGUCUUUUAGGAUCUGGGUGCAGGUGGUAAGCACUUCCAUUACUUUGGCAGGAGCAGUGUUCGUGGCUAACAAUGAUUUUUCGAACAUUUUAAGAUCUUCUGUAUGGACUGCAGUGCCAUUAGAAGCACUACUCAGCUCUACUCAGUGUACUAUACCAGGCUGCCCAAUUGGUGAGUUCUGGGCAGGGCACUACCUGUCCUUGUUAUACCAGCAACAAUGAGAUUCAGAAGUGUCAUUCAGCAGUACCCAUGUGAGGACAACAUGCCUGUCCCAACAUAAUGGAGAUUUUUUCCUACCUUGUGUUUACUGGAGCCAACGGAAUGAUAUAAUGUUAGUUAGUCAUGUAAUUGUUUGCAGUGUCCUUUUGUAUGUGUCUGAAUUAUACAAUUAUUAUUAUUUUUAACCUGCCUUCUCCUCCUAAUGCUGCUUUCUCUUCCAGGACUACUUUGAAAGUUAUUUUUCGAUUGCUUCUGCUGUACCAGCAGUGCCCUGCCUCGCACUGAACUUCUUCCUUGUUAACAGGUAAAAUGAAUUGUGCAAUUUCAAAUCAACCAAAUUUAUUUCCCAUUGUUGUGACUAAUACAUUAUUUAGUUUAAUACAAUUUGCAUUUUCCAUAAAUAAUAGUCCAAUAAAAAUAAACUUUAUGCAAAGGUUACAUUUACAUAGGAAAUGCCAAUGCAUGUAAUAUAAUAGUACCGCACAAUUGUUUUGACCUGUUGAGUGCCAGGAGGAAAGAGUUGCAAUUUAAGUAAGGUAAAAAAAAAAAAAGAAAUACGCUGAGCCAGUGUGCCUGGUCCUGCAUCAGCCAUGCUUUACUCUACAGAGAAAUCUGGAUUCUCCUCCUAGAGAGGACUAGAUGUGACUCAGAAGCCUAGGGGUGCGGGGGGGGGGGCUGGUAAGGUGUCGAACUGUUCUAAAAUGGUUUGACAACUUACCAGAUUCCCCCCUCUUUUGCUCUGCACUUACUCCCUUGUUAAUACUAGAAUUGUCCAAUACUUUGCUUCUGAUAGAGAAAAAUUGAGGACAAUCUCCAGUCAUAUUAUUUAUUUAUAAAAUAUUUUACCAGGAAAGAUACAUUGAGAUUUCUCUCGUUUUAAAGUAUGUCCUAAUACCCAACAAAUGCAAAAUUUAUACUUUAAUUGCCGUUUUCUUAAAGGGACAAACACCAUAACCUCCACAAUCCACUGUAGUGGCUAUAGUGCCAGAAUUUUCUGAAUCAGACAUUCUCAGGAAGGAGAAUCUGGAAGUCUCUGUAUGAAGAACUGCACUCGUGCUCAGCUGAUGCUCUUAGCCAAUGAGCGCAGUCCUACAUGGCCCGGCUUUGCUCUGCGGCAGGGUUGCUUAACCCUUGCCCCACAGGCUGCUCAUGGCCUGCCUGAUUCUUCUAGGGGCUUGCAAAGCUGCAGUCAGGAGAUCACGUGGUACAUGUCCUGUUUACCAACGUCAGAGAUUUUCAGAUGAAAUGAGACUUUUUAUUUUUAAGUGCCAACUUCAAGAACAAAAUUUAACAGUUGAAACUGUUGAAUGCAGAAUACACUCAUCUAUAUGUCCCUGCAAUAUCUCAGCUCCAUACUGAGAUCCAAGAGAGAUUUUCGUGUUCAAGAAAGGAUCCUGAACAAGGUAACUAAUCCCUUCUCCGUGAACAUAAUGGAGGCUCCAGGGGACCUCCACAUGGAAAUCAUUGACAUUUAAAGUGACUUAGACCUGGAAAAUCAAAUUUAAUUAAGUAUGUCUAGAAUUUUAACAAAGUAUGGAGAAAAGAGAAAAAAGAUAAAAUUUAAGAAUGCAUGCUAGUAUGCACGUACUUAUGUGUACAGAUGUUUUCCAGAAUGAAGCACUCCACGUCAAAAUUGAGGACAAAAAUUACUGAUUGUUAUCUGAAGCACUGCCUCCUAUUAACUACCUGGAAAGAAUAGUUUCUAACAUUGAAUAAUUAGUUAAAAUAAAUAAGCAAAGUCAGUGAUCUCAUUCACUAAAUCUUUAAUUCCUUGCAUUGCCAUUGCAUUGUGGCCAAAAUGUUGAGUGUCUCUUGCUCUGUAGAGUGAUCUGGAUUCUCCUGCUGGAGAAGAUUGGAUGCAGAGGAUGUGGGUGCCCCGGGGAACCAAGAUAAGUUGUCACUCUGUAUUAAAAUGAUUUAACAUCUUAGCAUGGAUCAGAGCCAGGGCACUUCUGACACCAUAACCACUACAGCGGUUGACAAAGGUUCAGCUAACAGCUAAGCUAAAGCUUCUAGAAACCUAACAGAACCAUGUGUGCAGAAGUAUAUGUAGCGCAUAAAAGAAAGCACUACAAGACAGAAGGGGAAUGGGCUUAUAGAGCAAAAAAAUAAAUGCUAAUUAAGGGGGAAAAAACUAAAUAAUCCAAUGUACACAUUACAACUAACUUGCGUUGUAGCCUGUAGUAUCCCUUAAAAUUUAAUAAAAACCUUAAAGGGACACUCCAUGUUGGAGUUGACAUCCCCCAUUGUUAUGAGUGAAGCUACUUUCGAUUGCUCAGUUACAAGCCCAUAAUCACCUGAUAUUCUGUGGCCUGUACAUGCGCACUCUGUACAAGUACUUGUAUGGGUAAGAAGAAGCAUAUUUUUCCCCAAGGAAGUGAGAUUUACAGGAAUGGCAUUUUGCAGCUGCAUUUUGUUCCACGCAUGGGAAAUCACCUGUUCUUAUACCAUAAAUUCUUCGUCACUUAAAUAAAACAGGCACUGUCACAUGUAUUUAUUUUUUUUAUUUUUGGGGGGAUAAAGCUUGAUAAAAAUCCAUGUGCAGAUAGAAAAGUUGCUUUGGUGUGAAAUCACAAUAAAAGGGAGAACACGAAAUUGGAGGUUUCCUGGACUGAGAAAGAGGAAAAAUUAGAAAAUAACAUCCAAUGCCCAUCACACACUGAUUUGUGUAUCUGUGCAUGUAUCAGUGUACAACAGCGAGGAGCAGGACAGAUCCUAACUAAAGAUGCUUUUUCAGCUGAGACCAAGGAAGACGAAAUAAGUGAGAUGUUUAUCAUGAAAUGAUAUGCUGCAUUAAACGUUUCAUCUUCUAUUAUUCACAGAGUUCAUUUUCCUGUUUUAGCUUUUUGGUGGCUCUGCCUAUCUCCCUGGCAGUGUCUGAUAAGAGAGUUUGCAGGUUCUGUUCCUGUCCUUCCUGCACAGACAGCUAAUUAUCUGCCGGUGACGGGAGCUGUGGGAAUGCAUUCAGACCUCUAUCUGCAUUUUCCCAUUCUGGGUUAUUAGCAUUUGUUACUGUCACUUGUGUCUGUAUCCUGUUUGGACUGCAAUCCACAGGUUGAGGGGAAGAAAUUAAAAAAAAAUUGCUAAUAAUGGGAUUCUGGUGCAUCUGUAGUUCAUGUUGAGCUGAUAAAUAUUUUCUUCACCCAGGAAAUAAGUAUUGGUAUAGUAAAGGCCUUUAUUUACCAGAUGAAUUAUCUGUCAUUAAAAUGACAAGCAUUGUCACAGCAGACUGCCAUACACAUGGUCUGACACACAGAUCCCACCUGUUUAUACUGAAAGACGCAGCAAACACAGCAGCAUUGUUUAAGCCCUUUACACGGUCUUUAUCGUGCUGUAAAGGAGUAAAUUUAAUUAGUGCAUUAAAGGGUCACGGUAGGCACCCAGACCACUUCAGCUAAUUGAAGUGGUCUGGGUGCUGUGACCCUUUUGCACUUAGUGCUGCAAUGCAAAACAUUGUUUUUCCAGAGAACUGGAAUGUUCACACUGCAGCUUUUCGUCUGCCCUCAGUGGCUGUCUAAUGGCUUUGUCUUCCUGGCACUAUAGGAUCCCUUUAAAUAAGCAAAUCAUGUGUAUGUAACGAGAAUAUGGAUGUAUACAAUCCUAGAAAUUGUAUAGUGACAGUUAUUUAUCUGCACAGUUUCUCAAUCCAUUAGUGACAGUCAGUUUGCAAACUACUGUUUUUAAAGUGGCUUUUACCUUUUUUUUACAUUUAUGUAUAAUGUUUUACAAGUCCCUACUUUUUUAUUAUUAUUAUUUUAUAAUAGUUAUUCUUUUACAUGAGGAAAUGCGAGGACUACAUUUUCCUAUGUAUAUCCUGCAGUUUGACAACAGUUAGGAAAGAAUAGAGCUUUAAUAAAGCUCUGUGUCCUUUGUCAACUUUGUUAUUGGCUGUCAACCACUACUCACCUGCUUCCAGCUUCGCGUCACUUUUGGUAGCAUCCAUGCCUGGUGGAUUCUAUGGAACUGUGUUGAGUCUUGAGAUAAAGCAAGAGUCAACACAGUUCCAUAGAAGCCACCAGGCAUGCCCUUGGAAAGGUAUAAAUGAAGGCACUAUGAAUGAAAGGCAUGGUAGGACUGGCACAACUUGGAAUAAGGUAAGUACAUUGGUCCUGGGGCACUAAACCUUAUUGUCAAAGUGGUCAGCCACUUCAGUGAAUGUUGCGGGGCCAGACAUAGCCUCUGUACCAGUUACUGGUGACUAGACUGGCAUGUACCAAGCUCUUGUUGAAUGUCUCAACCGCAUGUACACAACUUGUGUCAGACUUUGAAAGGAAAAAAAAUAGCCUCAAAACCCUUCCUACACCAGCCCGCCUGCUAAUAAAAUAUUGCCCAUGGUCCAUGACCUAAAGGUUAGAUUAUCUGAUUUCUCUUAAUAUGUCUGUGAUUAACUAGCAUGCCCCUUUAUAAUUCAAUUUCUCUCACUGUUGUAGAGUAAUAUUUAUGAUUGUUUAGCCACCUUUAAACAUCUUUCCCCAUUUCUUUUAGGGUCUCUUCCAAAGUGCGAGUUUUAUUCUCGCUUGGAGUGAUGCUGCUUGCCUUCGCACUGACAACGAUUUUGGUGAAGGUCGAUACAUCCACCUGGACACAGGAGUUCUUCAUAAUAACGUUGAUAUCAAUAGCAGUUGUUUGUGGAGCCGCCAACAUACUCACUGCCAGCAUAUUUGGCAUCACAGGAAGUUUCCCAAUGAAGCACUCCCAAGCUUUAAUUUCAGGUAAUCUGGAACUUAAGAGCAUCUUGUAACAUCACCCGUGUUUUUGUUGUGACGAACAGCAAUGAGCUUGUAGAACAUUUAGGAAUGAUCAUCAAAGUUAAACACCAACAUUUUUAUUGUCAAAACUUCAAAGUCACUUUUAAAUUUUAGGCCAAAGUUGUAAAUAUCAAAUUAAUAUUGGCUUGUUCACUGUGGUCUAAAAUUUUAAAUUAAUUUUGAAUUCCCAACAGCACACAUUUUGGUGAAUAAUUUUUUUUGCAUACCCUUGACCUAAAAUCGGGUGUAAUCUUCAAAACUUAAACAUACCAUUAAAAAAAAAAAAAAGUAACAUACACACUGUCUCCCAUUGACUUCUCAGAGGCAUGGUUUACGGUUAGUUUAAGACUUGUGGUUUGAUAAAAACAAUGUAUACACACCCUUAGUGCUUUUAGGAUGUUAUGAUGUUCUUUAAUUUGACUGUGCGGUUCCUAUAAUUUAUUCUCUAAGUAUGCCUCGUUUCACUAUGUGUGUCUUAACUGUGUCUCAGUCAUAUGUCUUCAGAAUAUGCCUAUCUACAAAGAGGUGCAACCACAAGUUCACAUGGCUAUAUAAUUUGCCCAGGGAUAGGACAGCACCAAUGGCAAUUGCAAGGUUUGACCCUUUGUGUAACACUUGACCUGCAUGCAGUGGGGUAAUAAAUCAUCAGGGAUUUUUAACUUUCCACUUAACGGCUUUACUAGCUACAAAGUUCAUGGAUUGAUCAGUGGUCAUUAGUCUCCAAUUAGAUGCUGUCAGAGCAAGGAUUAUUAAUUAACUGAAGGUUCUCAUUGACUGUUAGUGCAGAGCUUUCGUCUGGUUGUACAUACUGUACACUUGUCACUACUUGAGAAGAAUGCUAAAAAAGGACCAUCAUGUGUUCUCUUACCAAUCAGUGCAUGUGAUGAAUUAUUGCAGUUGUGGUCGAGUUUAUUUUUAUGGUAAUUCUGCAAGAGUUCACUUUACUUUCUGAGGAAGUAAAACUCGUCUUGUAACAUAAAAUCGAAAAACAUAAAAAAAACACUGAUUUCCUGCGUCGUCAUUCUUGGUGUUCCAGUUCACGAAUGACAAUUGUACAACUGUAAAAGUUUCUGAAAACAUAAAAAAUAGAAAACAAGGAGAAAUAGUUAAAAACAGAGUUAGAUAAGGACAUUACUCUAAAUAUCCUCAAUAAACAUGUAGAAAAAAUAAAUAAAUGAAUACAUGUUGCUAGUUCUAUUCUAAAGCUGCAUCUUUGUAGCAUACAGUAAAUGCAUGUUAAAUUAAUGAUGUAGGAAAUAGUCUUUGGAAGUAUCAUGACGGCAGCUCUUGCCCACAAUAAAAAUGGCCCAGCCACAGGCAUGCAUCUCCUUGCAGUCUUCUGUGUGCUGUAUUUAAUUAGAUGUUGUUCUUCGCAUCUCAACAAUUUGCAUAUUUGAUAAGAUGGUGUUCCAUUCCAGUGAGUGAUGAGUCCCCUGCAGGAUUUUAGAAUGUAGUGGAUUCUUACAGCUUUCUUCUGACUGCAUUUGUCAUGUUAAAAAGCGGCUCCUAUUAUUUAUUAUUUAGAGAUAUCUCCCAAAGGUAAAAAGAAAGUUAGAAGACUUCAUUAGAAAAGGACAUUUUUAUGCAUGUAUCCAGAUGUUUUAUAUAGGCUUUGUUUUAACUGUGUGUUUUGUAUCCCAAAGAGCAUUUUUUCCAUUUUGGCUUUUUUAUUUAUCUACUAUUUUUCUCUUUCAACUGCACCCUAAUGUGCUGUUCUCCUUCGUGGCAUCACAAUCAUAGCUUUGUACUGUGCCAUACAUGCUCAGUCAGGCUCUACAUUAUAUGUCUAGUGGGACUGUACAAUUUUUUUCUUGUUUAAAUAUGCCUGAAUAACACCGUCAGCCAAUACUCUCAGCUAAUAAAUAAUGUCUAACCUUGGUAUUAUUUGAUCUGAUAAUGUGGAUGUAUGAACGUCCGAUUUAGCCUCUUCUCAGACUGUUAGCUGCAUAGGUGCCUGACACAGCGAGGUAUGUGUCAGACCAUGAUAAACGUUUUUCACAGAUUAGCAUCAAACAGUGCCAAGGGGCAUUCGGCAUCAUUACCAAUGUAGUGCUUGAAGCAGGGCUCGACAAAUAAUAUUCGUAGCAUCUAAAUGUUGGUAGUCAGACAACCUUUUUUUAGACUUGAGAUAUACUAUCUAAUGACUUCAUAGGGAAGCUUUGGGCUGUUGUGAAGGUGGGUUGCAGUGCCCCAUGGACCCCAGGAAGGUGUCAAACCAUUCUAGAAGUAGAUCACACUCUACAUAAGGAAACAUAGUCCCUACUUUUAUCUAUCUUUUAACAAGAAAAUAUAGGUGAAUUACAAAAGUAAAUGAAUACAAGCAGAAAUAGAAGGAAAAAAUUGAAAUAGAGGGACAAAUGGAUUUAUUUAAAAUUUGCACAUGCAAUGCACAUAGCCCUUUAAAUAGUCUUAUAUUCAACUGUACAAUUUUGCAUUAAUUGAACACAUGAAAGAGGACAUUAACCAAACGUUUACUCUGAUUAACCAAUCCUUAUAAAGCAAUAUUUACUCUUUCAAUCAGGCUUUUAUCAAAAUUCAAAUUGGCCAAUCUACAAUAUAAUACGUGUAGACAAUUACAGACGUACAGUUGUUUUUUAAACUAACAGCUGGAGAUAUGUAUUUUAUCUGCUGAUAUAUAAAGGAAGUAUAUGUCAUGUUUCCUUUGAUUUUUUUUUUUGAUUUUUUUUAAAUGUAGGUUUUUUUUUAUAACCAGUGCUAAAAGUAGGAUGUAUCAGUUUGCAUGCCAGGAGGGUGUUUAAUUAGCAUGAAGGGUAUCUGUAUCGCUGUAACGUAACAUGAGCUAUGAGAACUGCAAAGUCAGGUUGGUGGAAAUGUGUGAUAAACCUCUUGGGCUACUGACCUACAUAAAAAAAACACAUUACAUACAUACAUUGUGUGUUCAUGCUGUGCAGAUUAAUGUAUACUUGCUUAUGGGUUAGUGGAAUCUGUCACUUUAGAAACCUUGACUUUAGAACAUACAUACUUUAGACAUACACUCAUGCAUGGUGUGAGGAUGUACAGCGUCAGUUAGGCAGCCAAAACUUGCCUAACAACCCAGACAUCCUUCUAGUGGCUGUCUAGUAGACAGCCACUAAAGGUGGAGUUAACCCUAAAGGUGGCAGGUAAUUAUUGCAGUUUAUAAAAUUUGCAGAGUUAAGUGUACUGGGACAGUGCACCCUGACAUUUUCAAUGAGCCGGCAAUGGGUGCCUAUAGUGUCCCUUUAACUAUAAAUGCAGGGAGCAAAUGGAGGGAGAGGAAAUCUAGGCUUUCCAGUGCUGUCUGCAAGUGUAGAAGCGUAUUACUCCGGUUGCCGGGAUAGUAAUAGAAGUCAGUAGUUAUUUUAAGGAAUCUCCUGUCUUACCUUUGUUCUGUGGCUACAGCUGCCUUUAAAUCCCCUCUGGUUUAAAAAGUACCAUGUAUUUGCUAGGACCAUCCAUAAGCUGAAUCCAUCUCAAUUUUUAUUUGCCUGGCAACUGCGCAUGACUUCAGGGUUUGAAUAUAGCAAACUAGUUCUCAUUUAUGUGUAUGGCUUUUGGUUGAAUAAGUGGUGCUUCUGAUGGAGCAAUGGUAAGCAAGUAGAUACACUAAAAUAUAUUUGCUCAUAAUAUAUACUGAUCACCCAUAACAUUAAAAUCAUUGACCUGUGUAGUGAAUAACUGAAGCAGGAGAAAUGGCCAAGUGAAAAAGAUCUGAGUGAGUUUGACAAGGGCCAAAUAGGGAUGGACUGAGUCAGAGCAUCUCCAAAAUGGCAAGUCUUGUGGGGUGCUAUGCAGUGGUUAGAACCCACUAAAAGUGGUGCAAGGAAGGACAAAAGGUGAACGCUGACAUCAAGGUCGUGGGUUUGCUCCCCACGUUCCUCAAGGAGCCUUGGGCACCCAUGACCUCUUCAGCUCCCUCGCGCACCGCACUGAUACCGGAGUCGGAAGAUGACGUCAUCUUCCGGCGCCGGCAUCUCUAUGCGACGCGUGAGGGAGCUGAAGAGGAAGCACUUGGCCAGGGAGAGAGUGCUCCCUUGCGCACCCACCAGCCUGCCCGCCGGGUGACAUCACAGCAACACCACUGGACCCCAGGGAAUCCCCUCAGCACUCCCAAAGGUAGGGAGGCUGAGGGGAUUAAUUUUUUUUUUUAAAACGUGUGUGUGUUAGUGUGUGUGUGUGUGUUAGUGUGUGUUUUAGAGUGUGUGUGUGUUAGUGUGUGUGUUAGAGUGUGUUAGUGUUAGAGUGUGUGUGUGUUUUAGUGUUACAAUGUGUGUUAGAGUGUGUGUGUUUGUGUUAGAGUGUGUGUGCGUGUGUGUGUGUUAGAGUAUGUGUGUGUUAGUGUUAGAGUGUGUGUGUGUUACUGUGGGUGUCUGUUACUGAGUGUAUUUGUGUGCGUCUGUUAGUGAGUGUGUGUUUUGUAAGUGAGUGAGUGUGUGUCUGUCUGUCACUGAGUGUGUGUCUGUCAGUAAAUGUGUGUGUCUGUUAGCUAGUGUGUAUGCGUCUGUUCAUGAGAGUGUGUGUGUCUUAAGCACUUACCUUUCUCCAGCGCCGGACUCCCUUGACGCUGGGAAUCUCUCCGCCCCGAUCCGCCUCUCAGCUCCGAAUGCGCAUGGGUGGCAAGAAACGCGCGCGCAUUCAAACCGCCCAUAGGAAAGCAUUACUCAAUUUUCAUAGUGAGAAUCGCAGAAGCUCCUCUAGCGGCUGUCAAUGAGACCGGAUUAACCCUCAGUGAAACAUAGUUUCUCUGAAACUGCUAUGUUUUCAGCUGCAGUAUUAAAACUAGAGAGACCUGGCACCCAGACCACUUCACUGAGCUGAUGUGAUCUGGGUGUCUGUAGUGGUCCUUUAAGUGUAUGUGUUAAUGCAUGCACUGACAUACAUACCGCGGUCGCAGGUGUCGCAGCCCUGCGACCAGGUGCCCGCCGCCGUGUGUUGCGGCCCCAGCGGGGGGGCCACGGAUCAGUUUUCGCACCAGGGCCCCAUGGGUUGUGUGUAUGCCACUGUCAUCAGCAUUCAGUAAAGGGACUAUUUGUGAAUAUAUUGUCUUACACGGUAUCUUCAAUACAGCCAAAGACAAUACUUUGUGAAUAUGUUCUAGCACACUGCAAACAUUGUCAGCUAUUGCUUUAUAUGUGAUCGUUGCUUCUAUUUACUGUCAUUGGUGUCUGCUAAAAUUACAGCAUUAAUUAUAUAUUCAUUUAAUAGUCAUGCCUGAUGAUGAAUGUCUUCUACUGUAACUAUUCCAGGCAAUUAAAGAAUAAGGGGGCUUUUAAGGGGGGAGGUGGGGUUGCUUACAGGUAUUGUGUUCAGCAGUAUUAGGUCUAAUUAGUUAUAAUUAAAUCCAGUGUCAAGAAAAGAGGAAUCGAAUUCUCAGGGCUGUCAUUACAAUCACGGGAAUGGAAAAAUACGAAAGCAAAGUAGAAAGUGAUUUUGUUUAAGGAGUGAUGGCAGGGAUGGCUGAUGAGGCCAACAUUUUCUUAACCUGCCAGUAACAUACUCUGAAAGGGUUAAAAUAAAGAACGGUAUAAACAGGGUUAGUUAAAUGUGUUUGGUGCUGAUUGGAAACUGUUAUAUACAGCUUACACCCAAUGUGGUAGAAAGAGCAUUGCAUAUUUACAUAUAUAUAUAAUAAUACUGUCGCCAAAGCAGUGGUUGUUAAAGGUUAAAUGUUAUAUACAUUGUAAAAAGAAAUUAGUAAGUAGUAAAAGUAUACCUAUCAAUGUUUAUCAAUAGGAAGGGAAUCCUAAAAGGAACACUCCAAACGCAAAAAGGAUUGUGAUACAAAUAACUGAGGCGUCUUUGAUUGGACAAGUACAGAAAGUACAGGGCGGGCUUUCAGUAGCUUAAAGAGACACUAUAGGCAACCAGAUCACUUGAGCUCAUUGCAGUGGUGUGGGUGCAAUGUCCCAGACCCUUAACCCUGCAAAGGUAUUUAUUGCAGUCUCUGAGAAAGUGAAAUAGUUACCUUGCAGGGUUAAUUCCAUCUCUAGUGUUUAUCUACCAGACGGCCACUAGAAGGAAUUAAAAAGUCGCCUAAAUGACGCUGGACAUCUUCACGCUGUGCAUGAGGACAUCCAGUGUCAAUAAAAAUCCCCAUAGCAAAGCAUUGAAACAAUGCUUUCCUAUAGGGAAUCCUAAUGCGAGCGUUUGCCUUGCCAUGCAUGCACCUUAGGUCUCCCCCCGCUGGCGGAUAUCGGCAGGAAAGUAGCGUGGGCGGAGCCUGAUGGUUUUAACCCCUUCAGCAUUGCGGGAGUGGGGGCGCGAGGGAGGGGGGCACUGUAGGAACCUAUAGUGCCAGGAAAACUGCUUGUUUUCCUGGUACUAUACAGGGAGUGCAGAAAGAAGGACUUGACAGGCUCAGAAAAGUCAAAAAUAGUGAGAUAUCUUGCAGAGGGAUGCAGCACUCUUAAAAUUGCAAAGCUUCUGAAGCGUGAUCAUCGAACAAUCAAGCGUUUCAUUCAAAAUAGUCAACAGGGUCGCAAGAAGCGUGUGGAAAAACCAAGGCGCAAAAUAACUGCCCAUGAACUGAGAAAAGUCAAGCGUGCAGCUGCCACGAUGCCACUUGCCACCAGUUUGGCCAUAUUUCAGAGCUGCAACAUCACUGGAGUGCCCAAAAGCACAAGGUGUGCAAUACUCAGAGACAUGGCCAAGGUAAGAAAGGCUGAAAGACGACCACCACUGAACAAGACACACAAGCUGAAACGUCAAGACUGGGCCAAGAAAUAUCUCAAGACUGAUUUUUCUAAGGUUUUAUGGACUGAUGAAAUGAGAGUGAGUCUUGAUGGGCCAGAUGGAUGGGCCCGUGGCUGGAUUGGUAAAGGGCAGAGAGCUCCAGUCCGACUCAGACGCCAGCAAGGUGGAGGUGGAGUACUGGUUUGGGCUGGUAUCAUCAAAGAUGAGCUUGUGGGGCCUUUUCGGGUUGAGGAUGGAGUCAAGCUCAACUCCCAGUCCUACUGCCAGUUCCUGGAAGACACCUUCUUCAAGCAGUGGUACAGGAAGAAGUCUGCAUCCUUCAAGAAAAACAUGAUUUUCAUGCAGGACAAUGCUCCAUCACACGCGUCCAAGUACUCCACAGUGUGGCUGGCAAGAAAGGGUAUAAAAGAAGAAAAUCUAAUGACAUGGCCUCCUUGUUCACCUGAUCUGAACCCCAUUGAGAGCCUGUGGUCCAUCAUCAAAUGUGAGAUUUACAAGGAGGGAAAACAGUACACCUCUCUGAACAGUGUCUGGGAGGCUGUGGUUGCUGCUGCACGCAAUGUUGAUGGUGAACAGAUCAAAACACUGACAGAAUCCAUGGAUGGCAGGCUUUUGAGUGUCCUUGCAAAGAAAGGUGGCUAUAUUGGUCACUGAUUUGUUUUGUUUUGUUUUUGAAUGUCAGAAAUGUAUAUUUGUGAAUGUUGAGAUGUUAUAUUGGUUUCACUGGUAAUAAUAAAUAAUUGAAAUGGGUAUAUAUUUGUUUUUUGUUAAGUUGCCUAAUGAUUAUGCACAGUAAUAGUCACCUGCACACACAGAUAUCCCCCUAACAUAGCUAAAACUAAAAACUACUUCCAAAAAUAUUCAGCUUUGAUAUUAAUGAGUUUUUUGGGCUCAUUGAGAACAUGGUUGUUGUUCAAUAAUAAAAUUAAUCCUCAAAAAUACAACUUGCCUAAUAAUUCUGCACUCCCUGUAGUAUCCCUUUAACGUACGCGAUCUGCAGCUAUUGUAAGGCAAGAUUACUUAUGUCCACAAAGAAAACAUGCCUAUUUUCUUUAGGUGUAUAUCUACAACAUUUUGGGCGGGUUGUUUUUUGUUUGUUUUUAUACGGUGUUCCAUUAACAGGCCUCUUUAGACUAAAAGUGAUUUCUGUUUUUAAAAAAAAUUUUGAACCAUUUCCGGGAGGGGGGCACACCAGAUGCCACCAUGGCCACAGCAAACAUAGUCCUCCUGCCAAAACCGGAUAAAGAUCCCACACAGACAUCCAGUUAUAGACACAUAUCCUUAAUCAACUCUGACCUAAAAACCUUUGCCACAAUCCUGGCCUCACGACUAACACCUUUACUGACACACCUGAUACAUCCAGACCAAGUGGGGUUCAUGCCGGGGGACAGCUCUUCGAGAAAACCCGUAGAUGCACAGACUUACUAUGGUUCAUAAGGGAAGAAGGGAAGCCCUCCCGGCACUCUCAUUGGAUGCGGAGAGGUAAGUAUUAAGGCCCCUGUGUCUUUAAGGGAGACACUACCCUUCUUGUAUAUAAGUGCAGGAAGCAGUUGAGGGUCCACUUGGUUGGUAUUGGUUAAAAUAACACUUUAUUACAUAAUAUUAUUAUAAUGUAAUAAGGUGUUAUUUUAACCAAUACCAACCCAGUGGACCCUCAACUGCUUCCUGCACUUACUACCUCUCUUGUAUAUGUCUCCCUUAAAGACACAGGUGCCUUAAUACCUAGAGCCUAUUAUAACUGGCUCUAUCAAAGGUGAGCAAACCUAUGCAUUGUCACUUUGACCAUUACCCUACUUAUACAAACUUGCACUAGGCUAUUCUGUUCCUUUUUUUGUCUCCAUAUACCUGCAAACCAUUGGGCUGAGAAUCUGGAGAGGGUUUGGUAUGACCUUACAUAUCCCUGCUGUUGAGACCUGAGCCUAUCCUAGAAAGGCUCUGGAUAUAUAUCUCCUCUACACCAUAUCCAGAUUUUAUUGGCAUACUGCACCAUUAUGUGUUUAAUUUCUCUGUUUUAGACAAUAUUGUCUUUAUAUAUCCCCACGAGCGGGAAAAAGUGUAAUCUGACCUCCCCAAUAUACAGUGGGGUAAGCAAACUUCAUUAGCGCUCCACUGAGUGAUCCUCUCUUUGGUGGUGUGGUCCACCGAGUUCACUUUUUUGGCAUACUUCUUUGUGUAAGGUCGGUAUAUUUUGCACGUGUGUUGAGCUGCUGUACAUUCUUUGUGUGUAUCUAUUACUAAGUGCUUUUUUACACUGCACAAAGCACUUUUUCUUUAAUUUUGAAUAUAUUUUCAUUUUUAUUAUAUAAUAAAAUUUGAUUUACACUGUACAUAAGAGUGCAGGUAUUCCUUUGAUAUAUAUUAUUUGAGGGAGUGGUGAAUAUACUCCUUGCAUUCUGACAGUAUUUGCAUGCUGUACAUUAAUUAGUUAACCCUACAUGCCUUAAUUUAAUUAGUUGUGGGAAUUUGCCAGGAGUCGUAUAAACAUAUUGUCCAUGUCUAAUGAUGACCCACAAAAACUGCACAAGAACCCAAUUUUGAUGCCUUAACCAGGAUUUAAGACACUUUGAUUUAAGGCAUGUGUGGACUCUGUGUUUCAACCUGGAAGUAAUUGACAUGUGAAUGGGGCAUCUGUGUAGGUGAUAUGAAUAAAAAGGGAAAUAAGGUAUAAUAUCCAGGAAUUCAUUUUAAAUAACAGUAUCACUAUUAGAUGAUGAAAUGCAUUUGUUUAAUGUUGGUGUUUUGAUAAAGAUAGAAACUUAAUAAAUAGCUGCCUGUAGAUUGACAGAUGAAAAGGCAACCUCUCAUGUAAUAAGGAGUUCAUACACAUGAUACUGUUUUUGAAUGUGCAAGAAGAUCUAAAACAGGCAGGCAACUCAAGAUGAGCAGACCUCCUUUCCUGGCAUCCAACCAAGUGUCACCAUCCAGCCGACUAACCUUUUACUGAGGUUGGCAAAAAUAUACACAGACACAACCCCCUCUCCAAGUAAUAUUAAAAAAAUAUUGCCAGUAAAAAAAUUGCGUGCUUUGCGUACUAAAUAGUAGAAGUCACCAAUUCUAUCUUAACGUAUUACCCUGAGCAAUGACAAGUGCUUGUGUCUAUUAAAGGCCAUUUAAGUAAUUAUCUAUUAGCCUUAACAGACAUUACAAUUUAAUGAAAACUCUCCCGUAAUCAUGUAGUCUCCUGCUUCUUUCCAGGGAACAUUACUGAAGUAGUUAGAGAGGUCUAUGACUUUAUUAAUCCACAACGGUAACAUCUUUAUUUACAAAUCUCAUAGCAUUAAGCGUUGUUUCGCUACACCAAGCCAUAAUUAAAAUAACUGAUGUAUACCGAGUGUUUCGCCACUGAGCUUAUUAAAAGGACCUACUUUUAACUGUCAUUUUAAAAUAAAGGUUAAAUGUGACCAUGGUUAUUUGCUAACAUUCACUGUUGCCUUGACAAUCCUAAAUAAGUAUACUAUAUUAAUUGCAGUUGGAGUGACCAUCUACAAAUUUUAACAAGCUACUUAACAACAAAGAAAAAAACCACAGGGAUUUAGACACCUGUUUGUCAAGAAUACUUCCCAUAUCUCCAGGUAACUCAAACGCACGCAACUCUGUUGUGUUCCACACCAGUUGUUCUGGAGUUGGGUCCCUAUAGAUAUAUAACACAUGGUCAAAAGUUAUAUUUAUGGAGAUUCAUCUUUUUCAACAACACUCAAAGCACGCAAGCACACAGUCUGUUUAGGAAUCACAGGCAGGAGAAUUGCCCCUAUGCAGACCUCAGAGAGGUCUUUCAACAAGUCAUUUUUUUAAAUGUUUCCGCUGCUAGAACUAAUUGUAAGUGGUCUUAUUACAAAUUUGGAACAUCAAUAGCUUAGUGAUAAAGUAGUAUUUCAGCCAUGUUCAGAAAAUGAGAAUAAUCAGUUCUUUGUUGCUGUGUUCGCUGAAAAGUGUAAACUUUGUUUAGAAUCAAGUUCAGGACAAGAUCUUUUAAUCAGAAACAUUCACAAAAUAAUUUUCAAUGACAUUGGCUAGCAUGGCCAAAGUCUCCCUCAUGCUGUGAUGUGGAUCAGUGGAAACAGUUUUUCCGGAGUGAUGGUUCAUUGUACGGCAGUCCAGCAUACAACUCUGGGAUCACUGGAUGUUGUCAGGAAUGAUUUGUGACACAAAGGACAGAAUGGUCAAAGACAGGCUGAAGUCAAUGGCUAAAGGAAUAUCCUGUGGAACUCGCUUCCCUCCUCCGUUAGAUGCUCACCCAGUCUCACCCAGUAUCAAUUAAACUGUUAAUAGCUCCCGACUGAUUCCUCUUCUGCAACUGUCACUAGUCUAAUACUAUCCUUACCUUUUGUGUCAUUUUACCCCACUCCCUCUAGCAUGUAAGCUCAUUGAGCAGGGCCCUCAACCCCUCUGUACCUGUGUGUCCAACUUGUCUGGUUACAAAUACAUGUCUGUUCGUCCACCCAUUGUAAAGCGCUGCGGAAUUUGACGGCGCUCUAUAAAUAUCAUAAUAAUAAUAAUAAUCAACACAAUCAACACAAAAAAACACCCCAGGACACUGGUCCUACGGUGGUUUGAACAUUUCUUGGCAUUAGUGGCCUGCAUUGUUAAAGCAAUGGCAAAACGAGAGUGAAUGUCAACAUUGAGAUGAUACUGUGCUUGUAAAACACUUGCAUGCACACUCUCACAAAUACAUGAUAUUUGUAAUAUCUGUUGCUCAUCGUAGCUAUGGAGGGAUAGAGGCAGCAAUGUUAAUUUAUCCUGACUUUCUGCUGUCUAAUGUGUAUGGAGCACAUCCUUCCCUGCUGCUCCUCCUCGGGAUGCGGUAAAACAUUAGACAGGCAGCAGGUGCCAGGACAUGGCAGGGCAUGCCUGUCACAAGGUUACCAUGUUGUGUCAAUGGCAGUUACUCAACGUCUAACUCAAGGACACAUACAGGUUUGUGGAUCAGCCAGCACAAAAUCAUUUGCCUAUCAAACAGAAAUAACAGGAGAGCUGCUCAGACAUGGCGAUUUCAGUGGGGAGAGCUCCCAAAUCAUCGUUCUGCUAAAUGGGCAGGUCUGCUUUUGGUUGAAAGAACACCAAAUCUGUAUGCCUAAUGCUAAAGCACCCUGUUAAAGAAUAAGGGUCCCUCUCGCCCCCACCCUUGUAAGGAGUAAAAAUGCCCUUUUAGUUACCUUUUCUCCCUAGCAGCACCAGUCUCCGAGCUGCUCUUCCGCCUCUUUGGCUAAGACCAUAGAGUUCAAUCAUCUCAGCCAAUCCAGUGCUUUUCCAUGUACAUUAGUUCCUGCAAAACGGAAAUGUUCUCCAUUGCAGAUUAGAACAGACAGGGACAUUGCACACAGACCAUUUCAUAGAAAUUAAGUGUUCUGGGUGCCUGAUCUCCAACCCAUAGGUGAACACAAGAUACAUCUUAUCACUUUUAAUACGUUGUCAAAAAUGUGUUGCUAAUAUGAAUGCAUACGCUCUUUCCCCAUUUCCCAUUGUUCAGUAUGUGCAGUCUUAUAGGGAACCUUUGUUGAGGGUAGUAUUCUAAAUGAUUGAUCUGAUUCAGAUGAAAUGGAAAACAAUAACACUUUGGAAGAGCUGGAUAUGUACAUUAUCUCUUAAGUUCUCUUACAGAGGUUCCAUUCUCUUUAGGUUUGAUGGUGAACAGAUCUCUACAUGUUUUUGUGAACCUACAGAGCAAAGCCUAACAUUUUGUAUUUUAUAUUGCAGGUCAGGCAAUGGGCGGUACUGUCAGCGCUGUGGCAGCCAUCAUCGACCUAUCUGUGGCAUCCAGUGUUACAAACAGUGCCCUCGCUUAUUUUCUGACAGCGGAUAUUUUCAUUCUCAUAUGUAUCAUGAUAUACCUGAUUCUUCCCAAGAUGGAGUACUCCAGGUAAUUAUCUUUGUUACAAAUACCUAUAUAGGUGACCCCAGGUUUCGGUAGCAUUGCAGUGCAGAUGUGUAACAGUAUUAGGAAUAUGGAUACUUUAAUUAUUUCAGCUAACGGAUGGAUGUUGCAAGGAUAACAUCCCUGCUUAUCUAUCCCAUUGAUAGGGAACACGGAUCCUAAAUUGGAGCUUUAUUUAUUUAUUUAUAUCUCAUUUUAAAUUACCCUUGUGUAGACAUUUUAGUCGUUCCGUUGAUCCAACAAAAGUCUACAAAAGAUCUACAUAGCAUGGCCUUAUAAUGUAGUCUGGCAAUUCCUUUGCUCUUUGCUAUAGAACACACUUUGAGACACACUUUGUGCACUUACAAACAUCAUCUUGCUAUGUUGUUCAUUCUCAGACGACAUCUCUAUGUGCUUGACCACUUGGGGAUCUACAAAGUGAAACCAUGCAAAGCAUAUGUAACGUUAUUUCCAUUUUUUAUACACAUAGUGAAUGCUGUGAUUAAUAGAAAAAAAGGUAGUGUAAUCUUUUAAAUUCAGCCUAAUAAGUAUAUAUUUUUGGUAAUUGCAUUGCAUUCUAUUUUUGUACUAAAUGCUAAUAUUAUAAACUCGGACUUUGUGGUGCUCAGAAAGAAUGGCAAUAAGAUAAAGUAGUCUUUUUUACUCUAGUAAUACUUUUAAAAUAGGACAACUAAUAAUCACAAGGAAAAUAAUUUUAUGAAUAUUAAAUAAAAACAGAAAAAAAAGGUAAAACAUUGUUUUGCUCAUUGACGAUGCUGCUGGCUCAGUUCUUGGUGUGUUAUAAUAUAUUAUUUUGGACUACUUGCUGGACUUUCAUUGUGCCUAGUGGAGCCAGUUGAGUAGGUCAUUUAUCUUGCCAGCAAGUUUGCUUAAAGGAUCACGUGAUGGAGGCAAAAUGUGCCUCCAGCGUUGCAGAUGCCCCUCUAGUGGCAAUCCGGAAGAUGCUAUGUUUGCAUCUGAAGGCUUAAAACCUGGGGGACCUGGCACCCAGACCACUUCAUUGAGCUGAAGUGGUCUGGGUGACUAUAGUGUCCCUUUAAUCACCAGAUCGAAAGUUCAAAACGUAGGUAUGCGACUUCUCAAGUACUGAGUCAUUCUGGCAGUCUAACUAGUGGAACUGUCCAGAAUCUCUUGAAUCUUCCCACAAUAUCCAGAAGGUGAUUAUUCCCAACAAACAUUUAAUCCUAGUAUUGGUGUCUGUCCUCAAGGCCUUCCAGUUUAUUGGUCCUAAUGUUUUAUAGAUUGUGUCCUAAGGAUUUUGUUUUAAAUUCAGUCAUGGGGUGAAUCGCUGAGACAUAUUUCGAGAAAAGUACAAAUAUCCAUGCCUGUUCUCUUUGUUGCAAAAAUGUUAGAACGGGUUUUUACUUUCAUUGCACAAAUGACUAAAAAUAAAUAAAUUAAAAUAACAUCUUUCAAAACAAAAACCUAAACCCACAGGCCGAAACUCCUAGUUUCAGGCGAAGGUUCCAUUUUGCACGGGUUGUUAAGGUUUGCUCUGAUCGUCUGCAAAGAGAAAGCAGAAGUGUCACUCAGAGUGAAAUUCUGUAUAAUACUGUGUUCAUUUUUGCUAACGCAGGAAUAAACAUUGAUGCUCGGUAUUCAGAAUUCUGCCUCAUCAGCAAACCUCUAUAUACUAUAUAAGUAUAGGAAAUGAAGUAUCUUUUUGAACUCAUUUUCUUUAAGAAAUCAAUGUGCACUUGUAUAUAAAGUUUGGUAACUUUCUCAUAAAAAAAUGCUAUAAAUACAUUAGAGGUGAGGUUCUUCUACUCUGUAUGAUUUUAGAAUUAAAUAUAUUAUUAUAUAUAUAUUAUUAUUAUUAUACGAUGUCUAUAAUUAUAGAGCUAAAUAUAGCUUUAGAAUCAUUAUCUUCAUUACUGCCAAAUGACAACUUGUCCUAGAUUGAAUUCUUUAAUCACUGCCAAUAUUGACCAUCUCAUAUUUUUUCUGGGUCACAUUAAUUCUAACCUAAUGUUACGUGAGAGAUCAACCCUGAUUUAUGAGGUCAGCAGUGAAUAGUGGUGAAAUGAAAGUGAGACUCACAAGUUAGGCUAAAGAGUUUCCACCUAUUUUCCGCUCUUUUGGUUUAAGUUGUGCAAAGUCUACUUUCACUUCAUCAAAAAAAAUUUUUAAGACAGCCUUACUUGGAAGCAUAUAUAUAUUUUUUGUUUGUUUGUUUGUUUCAUUGAUGGAUUUUGCCCAUGUAUUAUUUAUUUUGAAAGCAACAAAUUUUAAAGAAGGCAAGAGUGGUUAGUAUAUAAGUUUAUUAUUAGUAUUAUUAUUAUUACUGCUAUUUAUAAGGUUCUGCAGCUCUGUACAAUAGGAUAAAAGUCAAAUUGUGUAGUUUUUUAUUUUUUUUUUAUUUUAAUUUAAUACAACAAAUGAGUUUAUUCAUCCUGAUUUACCAUAAUAGAACAGUUCAUUAAUAUUUUGUCUCGGGAAAGCACUUUUUGAAAAAUGGAUUAAAAAUGUUUUGUGUAUCUUGUUUAUACUGCCAUCUAGAGGACUGAUGGGUUCCUCUCUUACCAAGUGCAUACGUGUUCAAUAGGACAGCCUGAUCUGUUAGCUGUAAUGGAGCUAAGAUGUGACUUCAUCCACAAGCAGUGUAGGCAUGGUCCGGGUACUGCAGAUUUUACAUAGAAAAGGACAUUGAUAUGCAUAUGUUUUAAAUAGGUAACAACUGAUCUUAGGCACCUAUAGUAUUUUGUUUUUUCGUUCUAAAUUUCCCUGGAGACUUCUUAGUUUAGAGAGUGAUUUCGGCCACAGUAUACUUACCUGACACAAUGCCCAUAACCUCAUCAGUGAUGCUGACUGCAUUUCCACAUAUUAAUGCUUAAGAGGGCACUUAGAGCAGUUGUGACGAUCUCUUUGCUUAUUUUCAAUUAUUAUCUUACUGAUUAUUAGAUACUUGGGACUAAACUAGCAGUCAAUAGUACACAUUUAUUCAUGGCAAUCUGCUGGGUUUUACCUGAGUUAUCCUGGUUUUGAUGGGGGGAAAAACAUAGCCUUGAGAGGCACAUGUACCUUUUCCUGCCUCCUUGUGGAUGUCCAUGUCCUCUUCUAUUGCACUUUUUGCCCAGAAUUGUAGGAGGAAUAAGAGGGAGAUUUUUGUGGUAAGGGAACAUAAAGUACUGAGUCAUUUAUAUAUUUAAUGUGAAGAAUGUCGAGUGUAAAGCUGUCCAGUAAUCUGAAUAUUGUGUUUAUUUUUACUUAUUUUUGCUUUUUACAGUUAUUAUAUGAAUAUCUCUGAACGAACACGCAGCAUUAUAUCUGACAGCACUGACCAAGCCGAUGGCAUUUCUACAUCAAAUAAGAACAACUCUCCUCCAAUAAUUCCCAUCCUCAAAAAAGUUUCCGUACUGGUCGGCUGCUUGUUCUAUACUUUUUUCAUCAGCAUUAUUAUCUUCCCAUCCAUGUCUGCUGGCAUAGAAUCGAUUGAUAAGAGCUCGGGGAAUGACUGGACCAAUAAAUUAUUCACUCCCUUAACAUGUUUCCUUGUGUAUAACUUUGCCGACUGGAGUGGACGACAGAUCACAACGUGGAUCCAGUGCCCUGGACCCAACAGCAAACUCUUACCUACACUAGUUUUGCUCAGAACGUUAUUUAUCCCCAUAUUUAUGUUCUGUAAUUAUCAACCUCGGAAACACAUAUAUACAGUAAUCUUCCAAAAUGACAUCUAUCCUAUAGUUUUCACUGCUCUUCUUGGGAUAAGCAAUGGAUACCUCGGAACUCUGUCAAUGGUGUAUGGUCCCAAGGUUGUUCCUAAGGAACUGGCCGAGGGCACAGCUGUAGUCAUGACCUUUUUUUUAAGUGUAGGUUUGGCUAUAGGAUCGGCAUUCUCUGCCCUUGUUCAACUAAUAUGA